AUGGAAGUCCAGAGUGGCCUUCAGCAGCCUGAGCCCCGCCCUCUGGGUUCUCCUCGGUUGGGGACCAAUCAGCAGAGUGAACUAGAAGACAGGCAGGCGGAUACUUGCAUCAGGCCUUCUGCAGACAACCACAGCAGGGAUGGACAGACAGCGAGCCACAGAGAUGAUAAAAAAGUAAGUUGCAGACCCUAAAUGUUGCACCUGAAGCUGCUGUGCUAUGUGUGCGUUUGGUUGUGUCUCUACAUGUGGGUGCUGAAUGACGAGAUCCUGUCGGUUGAGCUCAUCUUGGUGAUGUUUCCCAUACAUAAACAAAGAGGAACUCUUAAGUCAUUCUGGGUAUUAUCUCUUCGAGUCAUCACAACGAAGAGUUGAACAAGCGUUUGCAUGUUUUGUGGUGUUGCACUAAGCACUGAUGGCUGCAGAGAUGUGUAGGUAUUUUCCAGUGGUUGAAGGAGCUCUCAUAAUGUCUGCAAGAAAAAGUGAAACUAGCUAGCCUAUAUUCUGGUCUUGGGCUUCUGCGGUCUCAAAGGAAGUAGACAAAUGUGUUGCCAUGCUGCCCCGGCAACCAUACCUCACAGUACAUGUUACAAACCACAGCGAUGAUAUGUUCAUUUAGAAGAGCUUAUUAUUACAUAAAUAAAUCAACUUGUGCAGCCUUCACGUGCAGCGACUAAUUCUCAAGCACAUUAACCUUCUGCCAACUUGGAGCCCUGUGCACGUCCAAAGAGUGACAGUAAAAUCCUCUCUGGCUCUCAUCCAUCUUGGGGACGUCAAUCAUGCUUCUCUGGCAGGAGCCUGAACCUCUUUCUGUCAAUCAGCCUGAGAGGCUCUAUAGGCCUCGCAGCGGAGAGGAGAUAGCAGCAGAAUAAACAGAACAGAUAUACGAAAACACUCACUCGAUGGCGGGACUGAAUGCUGCUGGCAGCUGUGAAUGGGAUGCUUGUCACGGCUUGCUGUAUCAAUUUUGAGUCUUUUUGAGCAAACAGUUGCACAUAACCCUUGAGGGGGCUUUAUCUUGGCGAGGAUGAGGGUCCUCUGAGGCAUCAACAUCAACACUAUUGUUAAUGUGGAAUAAUGUAAUUGAUUUUUUUCUAUGGCGAUUUGUCAAAGUGAACUGGCGAGGACGUUAUGUUACGGAAACGUUUUAAAUCCACUUUUGAUUUUAAUUUAAUUUUUGUGAUAAAUUUAUUUUGUUUUUGACAAAUCUGUCUUUGAACUAGAGCAUGAUUCUCCAUGUGCAGGAUAUUUAUGAGAAGCUACUGGAAAUAUUUCUUCUUAUUUAGGUUUUUAUUGGAUGUCUGAUGUGCAGAUUAUUGAAAAGUCUGCCUCACUCAGAAAACACUGAUUACUUGUGGGCAGUAAAACUGAAAUAACAGACUUUAUUAAGCAUUAAGCAUAAAAAUCUUAUGUAUUCAAUCAACCAGUCCAUCUUUAUUUGUGCGGCACCAUUUUAUUGAAGAUGUUAUGACAAGAAACUUUACAGGGAGAGCAGGUCUAGACUGUACUCUUUGUGCAAAAACCCAACAUGAAGCCAAGAUUAUUUUGUGUUGUACCUGAAGCAUGUGGCAGUCAACAGUGACGUCUUUCUUUUAACAGGCAGAAACCUCAAGCAGAACCAGACUCAUGUUGAGCAGGUUGCAUCAGGCUGGGUAAAAUGGGAUAGAGGUAGAUGUAGAAAGAAAGAGAAAGACGGAGAGAUAGAGACAGACAAAAAUGAUAAUAGCUCAUCUAGACCUAUGGCAACAGUACCAAUAAUAAUGAUAAAAAUGUUUGUCCUAUCCGUAGGAGCUGCAAACUAAUGAUAAAAGACAGAUCUUAAUAUUAAUAGCAAGUCAAUUUAUUGAGUCUAAUAUCAGUAACGACAUUAUGAUGAUGAUAAUAGAGAUAGGAGUGAUGCUAUCAAAUUUAGCAGUUGGCAUAAAGCAGUUGUGAGCUUAACAUUUGCAUCACAACUGGUGAAAUUUAUCCUAACAGUUAAAGCAAAUGAGUCAGACAGGUAAAGUUUUAGUAAAGUUUCAAGCCUGCACUUAAGGGUAGAGAGGAUGUCUGCCUAAACCAGGACUUGAAGUUGAAUCAAAAGGAGAGGGGUCUGAUAACUGAAGGCUGCACCUCCCACACUACUUUCGGAGACCUCUCAAGAAUUGAUGGUGUCUGAUCAUUCAGAGGCUGAAAGUAAGGUUUGGAUUGUAGUAUAAAUUUUAAAAAGGAGCCAGUGCCUUGCACAAUGCAAUUUUGGAGCUUCAUCUCAAGCUAAUAAUGUGUUUUCCGCCUGUGUUAGUCAAUCAAUCUAUCUUCAUGCAAAGGACGCCAAAUUGCAACCACAGCUGGUUGAGUAGGUAAUAUUUUAAAUGCUGUGGCCUGGCUUAGAUUCUCUCAUUUCCCCUCAAAUGAGGCUGCCUUUAAUUAAUUAAUGUCUCACUUCUCAUAAAUGCCCAUACUGAAGUACCAUAACCUGUGGAAAUUAAAGGAGAAGUUGGAGGUUUUUUCUUCUCCAGACACUCUAUAGAAAUCCUAUACCUCAGACAAUGUGGAGGGAAAUUCAAUACACACUCUUCACACGGCUGGAGAAAAGAUCACUUCCUCUCAAGAUGUAAUUGGCUCAAUGAAACAAGCUUACACAGGCACUCUCACAUACACAGAGACACUCAUAAACUCACGCUGCAGGGCUUCCUGGUUGUCUUCCUUCACAUUAGUGGUCCCAGCAGCUGACUUUGAAAAGUUGUAUAAGAUCUUAGAGAAGCCAUUUUUAAGGCUGAGAAACGUUGGCCUGAAUUAUCAACCCCUUUUUGACACUAAUUUAUCAAGGCAGGACUGUUAAGCUUUGCCACUGUUGGAAAAUGUGACAGAGACGGAGACAGGGGUGUAACAGGUGAAACAGCAUCAGUGUAAACAUCAGUAUUGGCAGUACAAAAAAGGGCGGUGUGUGUAUUUGAGUUUAUGUAGCUGUGGCUCCUACUGUUAAGCAUUGAGGCAUUAGCUUCAUCAGGUAAAAACAGCACAUUUUUGUCUCUGUGGCAACAUCAAACGCUGCUUUUAAAUUUUACAGUGAAUGCCCCAUAUUGUUUACCAUCAGCCUAAGAUGUAAAACACUGCAUCAUAACACCUUUUAGAGUGUAAUAGUGGUGUAACAGAGGAGAGAGCAGGGCAGUCCAUGUCUGUGUGUGUGCCGUUUUUACACUUCUGGUGCUAUUUAUUGGUUAAUUAACAGCUGAUCCAACACCUCUUAUAAUCCGGUCAGCGGGCCGGCUCCUACUGCCACGGUGACAUUGAUUAGUCUGGAGAGUAUAUUCAUCAAGCUGUCAUCGGUGCAAGUGGACCGGUGUUUUGGCCUUGUUAAAGGGUGCUGCCUCUGUCCUGCCCUGUUGUUUAUUAGUGAUACAUCAUAGAGGAUGAGGUGGCACAGUCUGACCGGUGGGCUCAGAGUCUGAGCUGCUGCGGCGUAUGAACUCUUCCACUGUGCACUCGGCUGUUGCAUAAAGUAGAAAGUUAAUCAGUGGGUUCAAACUUAAGGACUGUUUCCACAUAAUAUAAGUACCCAAAGGCAAGAAAUCAUCUUGGUUAAAAUCAAACCAGCCUAUUCAAAAACUAGUCAUACAUAAGCAUCCAAUCACUCCUCUAUUUUGAUUUCAAUACUUAAAGGGAUAUUCCGGCUGCUGUAAGAGAGUUGGUGAGUUAUGUUUAGUCUUUUUGCUAAAGAAAUUAGGCAAAGCUAAAAAGAUGUUUGCUGGCUAGUGCUACGACUGGGACCCUACAUGUACUGUUGAUGAAGUUAGGUGCUGUUCUGAGCAUUAUUUGUGGCUAUAGAAUGGCGCUGUGGUUGAGCGCGUUGCUCUCUGUAUUGCUAUCUACGUUGGUUACAAAAGUUGGUAUAAUUAGAGAAGCAAGAUGUUUGGUGGCUAGUACUAUGACUGGGACCCUAACUCGGUGUUUCGGUGUGUUUGACCCUAACUUAACUUUACGCUGGAAUGUCCCUUUAACAGUUUCUGCUUUUACAAAUAUUAUGUUAGUCAAAUUACUAAUAAAUACCAGAUCAAGAACACCAAAGUACAGGUAAAAUAUUUCCACAUCAAAAUGGUAUUUUUUGUUUUUUGCAUAAUCUAAUAAAUCUGCUUUGCUCAGCUAAACUCCCAAGAAACCAUCUGGUUUAGUGACAAGUACCAAAAGCAGAUCAGGUGGAGUUUUCCUUUCAAAGGUUGAGCAGGUCUUUAAAAUUGACCCCGCACUCUGACCUCAAACCCUGACUCCUUCCUGUAGCCUGACCUCUGUGUUGAUCCGUGACACCAAUCGAAGCUCUGUACAUGACCUCUAAACCACCCCGAGGGAUUAUUUGUGGGAGCGCCCUCCAGUAUAAUUGCAUUGGUUUGUGCUCAUUAUGCUGCAAUUAGCUUUGUUGGGAUCUUAAAGCAUCCACCGACCACCACAGAUGAUGAGUUACAGCCCUGAUUUGAAGUGUUGCACUAAUUGGAGUCAUAACAACCUACUGACCUUUAACUCAUUACCUGCACUGGCAGCAGAAACAAGCCUGUGUGCGCGAAGCUUAUGGCUGCACAUAGGAGUUAGCUCGCUGAUCCUGCAGUUUUUAUAAUUGCUCUCUAUUUUAAGAGCAUGUGUGAGCGUGUUUAUGUCCGUGCUUGUGUGCACUAUUUCUCCAUCAUUUCCCAUCUUCCAUAUGUAAAACAGACUGAUCUCUUCCUCUGUGUAAUAAUUUGUGUUGUCUUUCCAUUAGAAAUGAGUCAUUGGGGAUUGGGCUUUUAGGCAUGGAGUGGAAUAGUGGUAGCAAUCAUUACUGCUGUUAUAUUUGAUUACACAAAUGAGAAACAUUCAGGAAGAGAGGAAGCAAAUUAUAUUAAAUUGCUCUGAAUGAAAUAUUUGUGUACGCUUCCAAAUGAGCGAUCAAAAAAUUAAAAUCCGUGCAGAUGUGCCUUAGUCAGUAUUUGAUUGAAUUUUGUGUUUAUUAACCAAUAAAAUCAACUUGUGUAAGCCGUAGUUCGAUAAGUAGAACUUCUUGUGACUUUGGGAUGACUUGUUAUCCAGAUGCUGUUUUGAGUUUUCGCCUAAUACUCUUCCUCAUCAUGAUUUUUGAGAUAACUGGAAAAACAGAUGGUCUCUCACCUUGCGAAGCAAUUUGGCUACAGUUGCAGUGUGACAGGUUGGGAUGUGAUUCACUUUGAUUAUUUUUUCCUUUUUUUUUUUUUAAAGUUGGUGUUGCAGCCUGUUAGUCUAGCAGUUUUAUCAUUGAAGAAUACUUCAAUACAAGUUUAACAUCAAAGUAUUUCACACUGAUUUCUGCUGUAAGAGAGCUGGUGCAUGUCCAGACUUUUUAGACUAGGUGGUCCAACUGGGGCACUGACUUACAUAGGGGUUGCAUGAAAUAUAUGUGCACACAUGAAUAAUAGUGUUUCAAACCAACAAUCAGUAGCUAUAGGCAGCCUGUUCAAGUAUAUUUUUGGCUGCCCAAGAAUAUUUGCCUUCGAUUUUAUAUUCUUUACAUAAAGUUGUCAUCCUUGCACCACCUGACACAUGCUCUGCAAGGACAGAGAGAUCUAUUAAGUCUAGUAAUGGUUGUGAUUCUACUUAAUUCCAGUACGCAUCAAAUGCAUGCUCUCUCUCGAUCACAGUAGUUGUUUUUUCAUGAUUUGUGUGCAGUUUUUAGUGUUUUAAAUCAUUUAACACUGAUCAGUUUUUUAGUACUGAACAGAGGAGGAACAGGCUCAUUCAUUUGCGUCAAAAUACAUCACCUGCACAACACUUCAUUGCUCAUUAAGGCAGUAUUUUGGCUUCACUUUUGUCUAUAGCUGCGUUUAGAUGGGCACAAAUAAUUGGAAUAAAUGAAAUCAGACAACUCUGCACAUGUCCAAAUGCCUCUAAUCUGAAUAAAGCUUGGUGCAUAUAUACACACAACAUGAUCGGAUUAUUUUGCACCCAUAUGAAUAGUGGAUUUAGAUUAUCCCAUCCCUCAAAUUUUUAACUGGAUCAAGAAAUUUUGUGCAUGGCUACUGUCUUUAUUAAUAUGAGGUCAAUGGGAUACAACUCCCCCAAAUAGUUUAUUUUCACAUAAGUGUUGCUUCUGACAAGCCUAAUGGCCAGUUGGAGGUUAGGAUUACAGGGUGGCACCUGGGGUGGCCAAUCUCCAACGGGGCCCAUGCCACCCCUGUGAUCUCUGUGGAUCAGCCCCUGUAGGUUGGCUCCUCAGGAUCAGGAUAAAUAUGUCGGGUUAAAAAUGAUAGAUAGCCGGAUGUUGGUGCGUAGACAAGUUAAGUAUUACCUUCUCUGUUUGCAUUGCUGGAGUGAGCAGAGUGCAGCGAGUUGAGGUAAAUACGGACAGACAUCCUGAACACCACCCUCAUAGCCUUCCCCUCCGUCUCCCCCACUCCACAGAUAACCUCAGUGCUAGCUAGCGGGGCCUGGAUAAUUACCUUGUGUUAUUUCUCCUCCCACACUUUGCUUUUGAAGUUGUGGCUGCCUGGCUGCCUCAGCUCUAAUAGCAUCCCGGCAUGCCAUCGAUCCCUCGCCCAUCCUCCGGAUAUGAACGGGGAGUGGAGGUGGGCUGAUGGGAUGUGGAAGGAGCAGCCCAAGAGUCCUUCUAGAGCCUCUGCAAGAUUCCUAAAGCACAACUUAAUCAAUGUGCCACUAUGCUUGAUCAUGGAAGUAGCACAAUGUAAAUUAUUGUAAUAUGAACACAUGAACUACAGUGGGGAGUUAUUAGCAGGCAAUGAAACAUCUUUAUAUCAAUUUUAUACUGACAUUUGCAAUGCCGGUCACUGACGUCAGCAGACUGCAUUACAUCCAAGCAGUUUAUAGCAUAUAGACCAAAGCUAUGCUGCAGUCUACAAGGGUUGCCUAAGUGCACACAAACUGUAAACACUAGAUCUGCACAUUACAAUGUCACUGUUUGGAUGCAAAGCAACAGCUGCUCAAUAUUAACAAAUAAAUGCCUGUUUUGACUGAAAAAGUACAACAUGCGUUUAUUGAAUGAUUACCUUUUAGAGUGUGUGUGGCAGGUCUAUUAUGUCGACUUUAAACCUGUACAGUUACAGUUAUGAAUGUAUUUUAGCUGUAAUUGUCUUUUCUGAUGUCCGAGUCACUCAGAAAGAGUCAUUUGAGACUGCAAAUAACCACAGGAAGAUGACACACAACUGCUAGUGAGUAGAUUUAAAUUUCAACGGUUGUAUCUUGAUGGGUUUAUUUCCGAAAAUAAAACAUAAUAAAUCAAAAUGUAAACAGAGCAGAGUUUAAGCAAGGUUGACUUGGCUAAUACAGGUGUGACAAGCACUAGCAUUUAAAUAAACAGAUAAAUAAACAGAAACACUGCAACAAAUUACAAUGUUAGUGAAUGAGCUACAUUUCUCUGUAUACUGGUAGCAUCAAUGUUUUCUACACCAUGCAAACCGGAAUCAAGUGGCAACUUCCAGUCCUGAGAAUUACUAAGUACUAAAAACUACAGUUCCCAGAGUGCCUGCUAGGACUUGCAGAAAAAGCACUGGAAACCAAGUACAAACUGAGCCGAGAUGAAGACGUUCAAUUCUUGGUUAAAAAACAAACAGAUUUGGCCUGAAUCGCUCAGGGCUACAAUUUUGCAGAAGUGUUUUUAUGAUCAAGGAAGUAGAUGCACGUUGGCUUGACUGACAUGUUUGAUGCUUUGUUGAAACUUCUGCAGAUCUCUAACACAGCACCAUGUUCAAAUAACCACCCAGAAGUCAUAGUGACAUUACAUUUUCAUCAACACUGACCAUGUUGUUUGGACGUGGGCCUUUCUCACCGUUCACACGCUGUUCCCACAGGUGAAAUGAGGUAAUGAUAAACUGUUCCUUCAGUGUCCAGAGCAGGAAGUAAUUGGGUUAGCACCUAGUUUGGUGACCAAGAUUAGGCUUUAGUCCAUGAUCUCAUGUAUUAAGGACAGAUUAUUAUAAGUGAGAAGGUGAUAAAGCAUGGCGCACUGUUUUUUGUAAUCUUUUGCUCUAUUUAGGAUCACUUAAUGGAUGACUACUGCAGAUCCAGCGCUUACAGUGAUGCUGCUUUUCUUUGCGGAGUAACAGGGAUAGGAUAAGCCGCAGGAAAUGCUUAUCAGGGCAAUUUGUUUGCUAUUAAAUGUGUUUUAUGGCCAGCUCUAGCUAUUUGUAGAGACAUUAUUUGUGUUCCUGCUGCUAUUUUAGUCCGAGGACUCUUUAAUCUGUCACUUAAAAGUAGAGAGAAUGAUCAAGCAUGUCAAACGUGCAUCAAGACACAACCUCUUAUGUUGGCCGUUUCAUCUCUUAUCUGUGCAUUUUUACAUCUUUGGUUUUUAGGUUGAAACAAAGACUUAAUAUUGGUGCUAGCAUCGCCACACACCCGUGCACACACACACACAAGAGAAACUCGCACACUGACACACUACCAGCAGAUCACAGGGACCUUAUUAGCAGCUGUCACAACAUAUUUAUCCCUCAUCUGUUUCUGGGAGCUGUCGCGAGCUAAAGGUUGCUCUCUUCUCCAAAGUGGCAAACUGGGCUCCUCACUGUGUUUUUCAUUCCCUCUAAUAGAGAACGAUGGCACAGGCCCCUGCCAUAUCUAUCCGAGGCCCUGUCCAAACAGGGGCGAUUUCUGCACUAAAAUAGCCCUGCUGUCAGCUUGCCUUAGUUGCCGGGCCCGCUGAGAGUCAGUUAAGGGGAUCAGUGCUCGCUGGAGUGUGCGGCUCUGUGGUAAGACACGGUGCUGGUGACACAUUGCUUUGAUGGGAUCACAGAGCGCUCCUAAUCCCCCCUCGACACAGAUGACCUCAGGGGCUCAUUGGACUCAGCAGAGCCACCAGUCAUGACUCUGGUCCUGCCUGACACCAGCAUCCUAUCCAGUUGACCUUCAGCCUCUAAAAUCACAACCCGCAUCCGAACAGCAUUUGGCUCCUUUAUUACAUGUGUUCGGGAUCUUUGUCUCCAGGUGAGGGUCACCUGUUGAGAUUUGUCGUGGAGGUUACCGCUGUAUGCUUUGUUAAACUGUUUAAAGAGACCUAACACCAAUCCAAUUGCACCGUUAGCUCUAAAUACGACAUUACUCUUUACUUUUCAGCUCAAAACAUUACAUUAGCAAUAUGUAACACAACGGGGCGUAACAGUUGGACACAGUUGUUCCACCUCUAAUGUCCUAUUUAAAGAAGAAACAGAGGCAUGAUUGUGGAGAGAUGGUGGCGUUGUGCAGUCUUGGAGCCAGCAGGUUGUUGCAGUCCUUUUGGAAGAUUGCAAAAGGAUGUGUUGUUGUGAUAGACUGAUUAAUCAAAAAGCUGAUUGAUAGGGCUGAUUAAUGGGAUUUUGAAAUAAUCCGCAUCAUAUGGCAGUGUUAUACCAAGCCAAACUUUUUCGUGUCCACAUUUAUUAAAGCUCCUGUGAAAUAGACUUGAACUUAUAAUCAUGCAUUUUUAUUAUAAACCAAAGCAAACAAGGCCAUCAGCGACAAGACAGACUGUUUUAUUCUGUAAUUUUUUAAUGCCUAAGAUUUGUGUGAGGGGGUAGGUGUCAACCGAGUAGCUGAAGUAACAGUCCUGUUUUUACAUUUUUUUAAUUAAGAUGUUUAUAUUAAAUGCCAAAAGUCAGCAGGAUCAUCAUUAUAAGUAUUAUUUUAUUUUAUUUUAUUUAUUUUAAUUUCAUGAAUUAAUUAAUUGCUUGCCAGAAGAAAGACUUAAUUAUAAAUAUGACAAAAAGCUAUUAGUGCUUUGGCAACAGUGGACGCCAAAAACAUCUGUCCAAAGCUUACUCCAGAGCCAUUCAGCCUAACCAUGUCCUGGCCAUCCUUGGAUGCUCGACUGAGACUUCUGAUUUUCCGCAUGACACUCAAGUUGCCCUGAACCUAGGGAUGGUGGUGGCCAAGAAGAUUAUUCUCUUAACUUGGAAGUCUAGCACUCCUCCCACCUUUGCUCACUGGCUCAACGAGAUGUUGUCGACUAUUCAAAUGGAAAGACUGCGCUUGCACAAACCCAACAACCCGAACAGAUUUGAGAGAACUUGGGGACCCUUCUUGGCUCAGUGUCAGGUGUGAUACCUGACUUAAUCUUUCAUAUGAUGGUACUUGGUUCAACUGAUGCAACUGUUUCUUUUUUCUGAAAAUUCAUGUAAAACUACAAUUGUCUGGCAGCCCUUUUGAUUGUUUUUGAUUGUUUCUUUACCGUUGUUUGUCUCGUACAGUUUUGUAAAGUUUAAAACUGAAAAUAAAGUAUUAAAAAAAAAAAAAAAAAAAAAACAGUGGACGCCAAAAUAGACCCAAUCAGAAAGCUACUCACUGGAGCUUUAAAUAACAUAAUUACUCAAGUCCAGCAAUUUUGUUUCUCAUUAGUUGGAGAAAAUUAAAUUAUUUUACUUUGUCAAGUAGAAAAACAUUGACAACAAUGUGAUAUCAGCAUUAUAUAUCAACCUGCUUUCUCAUGAUCAGUGUUCGCAUUGGCUGUUGAAAAGCCGAUCUUGGUUGACCACUUAUGUGUAUAAUUACAAUAAGAGUUUUCUCCACUGUUUCAUGGCAGGAGAUGGGAAAGUAAAAAGAUGAAGUACUCAGGCUGAAAAUAUAAAUAAAUGAAAAUCGCACAGUGCGGCUUUAACUUUGUGCUGCUGAGUUGAACAUCACAGCUGAUAUUUAAAAGAGAGAUUUCCUACAUGCCUUCCUUUCGGACGCUCACACAAUACUUACGUGAUAUGCAAGCUCUGCUCUCCAAAUUUAUGAGUCAAUCCUUCUAGCUGAUCUGCUACCCGACUUGAGCAGUUUUGGCGAUGCUGUGGUGUUGCAUCAGCCGCUGUUUUGCUGUGUUCUGUUUACCUGCCACUUCCCCCAGUUGCUGUUUUGCAUGUAUAAGUCUCACCCCUCAGCAACUCAACUGUGGAGAACCACGUUAUGUCCGUUCGCUGCAUGAAAAACAUGCGCUGUGACGUGACUGGCUAAUCAAAUUUGUAGGCAGCUUUUUGCGUCAUGGAUUUUUGUUGACUAUGUCGACUGAUCCUAAUAAGAACAUGACUAAAAUUAGCAAUGACAAUUUUAUUAGAGGGAGAGAACACGAUGAGACAAAUGAGAAAUUAUAGUGUGUGAAUAUGCAGUGUGAGAAUAGUCUGUACACUGUUAGCUGGAGUCACGUUACUCUUCUUCUCUAUUUAUAAAGCAGGGUUUUAAAACAAAUCUAGACCAAGCGUUUUUUUUUUCCCAGUGAAGCUCUAAAACCAUAGACAAUAAAAAUAAAUAAAAACACUACUGCUGCUGUUCUUUUAUUUGGUUCAUACUGUUGGAUGUGUGAUUUUGCAGGCCAGAAAUUUGGCAUGGGAACACAAGUCUGAGAACACCCUGUUUAGGAGGCCAUCUGGAAAAUCCUUUGCUUUGAUUUAAAAAAAAAAGAAGAAAAUCAUCCCCUUCAGUUUUCAGCGUUUUAAUGAAUUGUGAUCCCCGUUGUGCUGUGUGCUCUGCGUAGAGGCGCUGGUUUCUGCUCGAGUUUGUAUGACUCAGUGACAGGGCUGGGAACUGUUCGGUCUCUCAGUUUGUGAUGACUUGGCAGCGAAGGAAAGGUCAAGGAAGACUUGAGCAGAAUUGCCAAAUGUGCUACAUUAGCGGUAGUCAAACCUAGUUUUCACAGGAUGGAAUAUUUUAGAGGACUUUUAUAUGAUGCCAGGAAAUAUUGUCAAUCAUCCCACUCCUGGCAAUAGACCGCACUUGAUGUGGCUCUUUCAGUCACAAAACAAAGACUUUAAUAGGUUCAAUCUAAAAUCCUGAAUGUGGACAUAAUGAGAGGAAAAAUCUUUACAUUUUGAGCAAGAAAAAGAAAAAAAUCUGGACUAUUAAUACAGACUCUCUUUUGUCUCUCAAGCUGAUUACAAAUUUUCUCCGCUGAGACAAAAUGUGUAUCUUAUGCAGUCCACAAUAUGCUGUUAAUGUACUCAUUUCUGCCAAUUUGAGCUCUGCUUUGUGCCAAAUAAGCAAAUACAUCCAACCCUUAAGAAAGCCUGUUUGUCAUAUUUCAAGAAAAAAAAAGAAAUGAUCAGAGGGAAAAACUUUAAAGAGCUUUUACAACCAAUUGCACACAGUGGGAACACAACAAAUGGAGACCGCUUGGCUUAAUUUCUUAUUAGUCACGCUACCAAACUGCUUGUACUUUUGAUUUUCCCUAAAAAGUAACAUAUUGUUUUGUUGCCUCCAUGUGGAGUUUGGGUUUCUUGCUCAAUUCAAACUCUGCUCAUGUGGAUCAGAGGUAGAUCAGAAACCGAAUCCAAGGCUUCUGCUGAUUUCUUUUUCUUUGACCAGUUUUAGCAUAUCAAAAUAGUUGGAUACUAAUUUUAUUUUGUGAUAUUCCACGGCUAUUUCUCUCAAAAUUGAAUAUUCUUGAACUAUGUGCCAACCUGCAUUAAGAGGCGCUCUUUAUCCACUCUGUCAAAAACCCAACCUCUUUGUCUCGACUAGUCAGUGCUGAAUAACACUUACUUACCACAUUGUUGUCACGCUGACACUGAAAAUAUGAAAUGCCCUGACAGAGAAUAGUUGUAUUUUUCAGGACAUCUUGGUGACAAAGACAUUCUCAUGGGAGGAUGACCUCAGCUCGGUUCUGUCUGCUCUGACAGAUGCUACACUGUUUAGUCGUGACACUCACACUCAAAUAUUUCCAUACGGACAAUCUGUUUCCACUUGGAAAUGUUGUUUGAUUCGAUGUAAUCAAGCCCUUAGCAUCAAUAUUUCCCAGUGUUUAGAUGAAACUUGGCUUACAGUCCAAAUAAGAACUAUUUCAUUGCUUUUGCUGCUUUAUUGCAAAUACUGCUUUAUAUUAUCCAACACAUGUUAAAAAACUGAAUGUAAACCGCUGUGUAUAAAACAUUUUAUUUAUUAGAUCAGCCCUGUAAUUUCUAUUGUGUACUGGAAAAAUAGCAUGUCUUCUCUGCUAUCCUUCAUCCACAACAUUUAAUAGGGUGUAAUGAUUGGAAACAAAUGGCUGCAAAGUUGCUGUGAAAUUACAACAGAGGUUUCACAUGGUUUCACAUACCAGCCUUUCAAAAAGAAAUUACACACAACAGAAAGAAACAAAUAAAACAAAAACAGCAACAACAUUUCCUCUGUAGUCUAAGAGUUUAUCGGGUAAUAAUGUAGAAAACACUCAUCUUAGUAAAGCAUCUGAAAGUACUCUUUAAAGUAACAAUAUUUUACAUAUUAUGUUUUGUUAAACUCGAAACCACAAUUAUUUAGGAGAGGCUGUUGUACAAAGCUUAGACAAGCUGCUUAGCAGAUGGUUACUUUUCCGCCUGGUUUAAACCAAUUAGUAAUAAAUGUUGAACUCAUAAAUCAUAGAAUGUUAAAUUCAACCAAUUUUUACUUCUUACAUACCAGAAAAUUUGAAAAGCAAAUGUCAUGCCAUCUUCAUCCAUCUGCAACUUCAAGAGAAACAUAAUUCUGCUUGGCAAAGUAGAAAGAAAGUGAUGCAGUGAGAUUUCUGUUGAGUUGCCAUAAAUGCUGUGCAAUUAGCUUAUAGUCCAAUUUUUACAACAAUAAACAAUAAAUACUAUUGAACUUUUAUACCUAGAAAUGGAUUUUGACAACAUGUUCAUAACUUGCUCUUGGUAGUAAACCAUAUUUGCUUCAUGCUUCAAAAUCAACAUCAUUAAAUUAUCAUCAAACAAAAUAAGAAGUUUUUCUUUCCCACUUUGGACUCUGAGUUAGUUUUGGAUAGCUAUGUGUGUCAACGCAACCCAACCCUUCGUCAACGAAUGCAAAAUUACACAAACUUAUCCUACAUAUUGCCACUUUAUAAAAAUUCAUGUCAACUUUUACCUACUUCUGCAAACUCUCACUAGUCUACACCAGUUAUCCAAAAGUAUUUGCCCAGUGUCCACGGACUAGCCGACCUAAAGGACAGAUCUGGAAGUGUUGGUUUUAGCAAUGGUUGUAUAUGUCCACUGAAAGCACUUGUACAGUCCUACAACCAGUCUGAAUAACACAUGAAGUGGCGAAGUGCAUAGCAACAGUAAUGUAAUGGAGUGCAUAGCAACAGUCGGCGGCAGGCAGAGGAAAGAAUUUUUACUUUUCCACCAAUGAAAGUUUUAUGUGCGGUCGUUUGUUCUUAUUUACUAAUACGCUGGUGUGGUAUAGGUCUUGAAUAUCCGACACCAAGGGAAAACGUUUAGAUUUAAAAGGAGCAGUUCAUGCUUUUUAUGUCUGUGAGAUGGAAAAGUCAGUGUAAACUCUUGAGGAAUAUUUAAAUUACCUAAAGAUGAUGGACUCUUUUUCAGGGUUCCUAUGCAAGUAUGGAAAGUAUGUAAAAGUAUGGAAGUAAUUUGAUCAAUUUCCGUGUUUUAAAUGAAAAAUAAAGUAUGGAAAAAUAUUUAGGUUUCCAGACUAUUACCACAGUAAAAAAUACUGUUUUCUAAAAUAGAAAAGUAGGUAUUUCCAAAAGUUAUUCUAAAAAGUAGGGUAUGGAAAAGUAUGGAAAUUCAACCUGUGUAGGAACCCUGCUUUUUGAACAUUUUCAUCCCUCUUGAGCCUCACUUCAGGAGUCCAGAUCAAAUACUUGUUUGAACACUCAGCUAUGAGCAAGCUCUGUCCAUAUACUGAGAUUCAAAACAAAGAGCCCUGCACCCUGAUGGGUAAUUUGCUCCUUGGCGGCUUAGCUCAGAGGGGCGUCAUUUGAGCACCCCACUCGCUCUGUGAUAAUAAGAGAAAACACCUCUAUUAUGUUCCCUUUGGCCUGUAAAAUAUACAUUCACACUUUAGCUAUACUGUGUGACCAGCUCUAUUAGUUGCAGCAGUUAGAUCCCGUCUGCUCACUCAUUAACACCAGCGGUGGAAAUAUAAGGCCGUCAUUACCAAGGUAGAUAAUUCUAAAAUACUGCAAUGGCUUUGAACUAAUUGGGGGAAUGAAAAGGCAAAUGUAUCACACUGUGUUGGGCCACGGCUGUGUCAUAAAGAUAUUACUGUUUUAAAAGCUGUUAACAAAAGUCUGGGAGUACGUGGGCACAGGUCAACUGACUGUGCCCUGUGAUAGCGUGUAAAUGAAACAGUAAUAGAGGGUUUCAUCACCACUACUAAUUACUGAAUGACAGUUUUCUCACCAGUGUGUGAGUGUGUGUGUGUGUGUGUGUGUGUGCACGCCUUUUGCCUGUGUGUGUGAUGGGCCUAAUUAGGUAAACUCCCAUUACACUUAAAAGUGCAUUACUGCUGCUCUUUUGUAAAAGCUAUAAUUAGAGCGCUGCGGAGAGUGCGCAGUAAUUAAGUGAUUUCUCAAGUAUUAUUAGUCUGCUUGUUAUAUGAGCUUGUUACACUGAAACGGAUAGAAUACAUAUUUGACUGUGCUUUGUUAACUUUAUAAAUAUUAAAGCAAAGAGCUAUUACACAGUAAAUUAGUAGACUGUAUGGCAAUUUAAACCUCGACCACUGCUCAAGGGAUUUUCUUCUGAUAAAAUUAAAAACCCAACAACGGACCAUUUCGGCCCUUAAAAUUGCAAAAAGGCUGGUGUGAUCUAAAAACAAGCAAAUGACAAUGUGUCUGCGCCUGAGCGUGCACACAAACACAUUGCUUGUCUCGAGCGCCUUAAUGACUGACUUGGCAUUUUUCUCCAUGUGUCAUCUGAUGCCUGCAGUAGCAGCAGCAUGAGCCCCAGAUCCUCUGACUAAUCCAGAUUGCCCUCUAAUCCCGGUGACACUCUUCUCUUCUUCUUUCCAUCGACUCUAUUAUUGGUACAAAGUUUCCAAACUGUCCAUUUAUUAAUGCCCCCCUACCUCUAUAAACUUAUAUUUUGGAGCAGAGGCUGGGGGAAGACAUGAAGGAAAGGACCCUGGCUGGGAAUCGAACCAUUGACAACUAUGACAAAGACAGCCGUAUCUAUACAGUCACCUUUACACAAUUCAAAGUAGCUAUUUACCAGACUCAAGUCUAGAGGUGACAGCGGUUGCCCCUAGACUGUGUUGAAUAGGUGUGGAUUACUGACUUUUAGACAAAGGUAGUUCAGAUCAGGCCAUCUGAUUGGAUUAAAAGUAUUCCAUUAGCACUCAUUAAAACAACACAGUUUUUUUUACUCUAUGUUUCUGCCUUAGGUGAUCUGAAAACAGUCACCUUUACACAAUUCAAAGAAGCUAUUUGGUGGUAAUCAUAGACUGUAUAUACUAUGACAACUUGACAACUUGAUCUAUGCUUUCACAUUUUAUGGCAAUAAAGUAGGGCAAGCAGAUAUAAAACUAGGUUUUCAUAACAAAAGAACUUAGUCAGGAUUAUCAUGUAUUCCAGUUGAAAUGCUUAGACUGUGUUUAUUAGAGAUAUUUGAUUUUAAUUUACUUCAUGUUGGAUCUUUUGUGUUUUAAUUUCUUAUUAAUUUACUCCCUAUUUGCUUUAACAUUUUUAAUAUAUCUAGGUUCUAAGUUCACUGUCACUCUACUUAAUCUGUUGAUCUCCACUUCAUUGUCACCACCAUGUUUUUUUAUGCCUCUUUUUAAAGGAUAUGGCAAUCAAUAGUGUAGGAAACUGGGAGGGGAGAGCGUGGAUUGACAUGCAGUGAAGGGCCACUGGGACACCUGCUUGGCCUCUGAACGUGGGGCGCACAAUUUGAUCGCUAAACCAAACUUUAAACCUGGCAGAAACUGCUCUAAAAUCAAUUGCAAAAAAGUCAAUCACAUGCAAAGUCACACUAUUAUCAACACUCAUCCUUGUGUAAAGUUGCUAAAGCGGCACUAGAAAUUCAGAAAGGCGCUCAUAUGUACAGGUGUAUUCUGUCACAGUCUCCUACUUUAUCAGAUCUUUACUCAGGUGUGCCCUGUCUGCUUAUAUUGUAAACCUGCAUCUCCAUCUCUGCUUGGUUUUGCUGCAGAAACGCUAUAAGAAGUGUGUCGCCCCUUUUCUCUAUUUUAUCUUUGCAUAGGAUAACAUUUACCUCUCACAUAGGUCCCUCUAAAAGCAGAUUUAAUUAAACACUUGUAAUGACUUUAAUCACUCUCUUAGUAGACCUUUAGGAGAAAGCUCAGAGACUGGGUCACUGGCACAUUUGCGCAAGGUUAGCAAAUCCCAUCAGAAGGGUGGUGAGUUGGAUUGAGAGCACGAACUGCUGUGCCAAGAGAGAUGGAGUAGAUCCUCUUUAUACACUGCUCUGAAUGGGCCUAUUUUUAGCACGCUGCUGGAUUUAUUGGACGGCUUGAUAACUUUGUUGCUCGGUUGUGCUCUACGGCUAAUCACUUUCAUUGAGUAUGGAUCUUUGUGCUUGUGUUGUGUGCACAGGGAUCAUAUGAGCCGUUAGAUCAUGCUGCUUUUAUUUAAUUGCAAGGACAAAAACAUAAACAAAAAGAGGUGAUGAUGUUUGGAAGGCAAAUACAGCUGCUAAAGAGGAAAAAACUAAAGCGGUAGUGAUGUCUUUUUAAGCCUUUUAUACAACCAAGUGCUAAAAAGUGUCUUUUAUACCUAUCUGGUUUGAUAAUAGAGCUUAAAUAUGGGAAGGGGGUUAUUAUACAUCGCACUAUAGCUACAAACUGUAAAGAGUUUUAAAGGACUUCAUCAUUGGCAGACUGCGCCCCAUUGUUCAUCCUAGUUGAGAUGUAUAGAUUUCAGAGAUUGAGGAAGGGAGGACACAGAAAUUACUAUUUCCUAUAGACAGGGACCCAGAAUGAAUGUCGUGCCCAGGGUUACCAAAUCUCAUUUAGAAAAUUCAGUCCUGGAAAUAUCCCUCCCUCCCCGAGUCUCCUGCGUCUCCCCCUCCCAUCACUAUAAGAGGGAAGCUUCUCAUUUUGUGGGCCUGGAGGCGAUGUCGCAGAAACCUGUACUACACACACACUCAUGCAUAGACACACUCUCUUUUCACACACGCACUCACUGCACACAGAAGGAUGAAUCUCAGGCUUGCAGGUUCUAACUUUAUUUCCUGCAGGUAAUUUUUACUCCUGGCUUUGUGGAUGUCUGGGUCUAAACUUGUAGUGCAAGGCUUAAAAAAAAAAAGAAAUGUGUUGCAAUGACAUUUUUAUUGGAGUUUUUUAAUUGACUAAGUUUUCAGGGAAAUCAGUUUUCUUUCGAAACUUUUGGAAAAUGCAAAUUAAACAAUGUGAGGAAACACCUGCUUGGUGCAACUGUUGGCAGUUUUGAUGAGCUUGUUUCAUGCAGUGUAAACUGAGAACAAAUGUUCAUGAUUGCAAGCAAUGACAAAGCAGAUACAGGUUAGCAGUGUAUGAAUGCAGCACUGGGUUUUCAAUCAUGGCAUUGUCUAUGGCCGGUGGUUUAACAAAAUAUUGAGGUGGAAAUUGCUCCUUUAGGCUUUUGCUUGUCUUUUUUUUGUAGUUUUUUAGUUUUAGUUUUAACUUGACAUCCUCCACCGGAUCAUGCAUAUUCAACCUGCAGGGGCUGAUCCAAGGGGUCAAUGGGGUGGCAGAGGCCCCAACUGCAAUCUUAUCCGCAAUCUCAUGUGCCACACAAAAAUCCUGAACUGUGAUUGGCUGUGAGGCGGGGCUUUUGGGAUCUAUAUUCUGUGAAAUAAAUAUCGAAAGUUUGUCCACAGCUCCAUAAGCUUUGCCUGCGGAGGCGGGAUUUAUGAUCUAUACUGCAGCCUGUCACCAGAGGGUGCUGUUCUCGGAGUGGCUUCACCCAGUGAGCAGGCAGACACUGUCCAUUCUAUAUACAGUCUAUGGUUGCAACCAAUUGCUGUAUAUUUAUAAAGACCACACGCCUCCAUCUCCACACAUUGUGAUAUUAAAGAAGUCUGCAGUGAUUGGUACUGACGAAUUGGGAUAAAAUUAAUAACUGAAUUGACAGAAAACAUUUUGAGAAAAGAUAAUUUGACAUGUAUUUCAGCUUUCUAGUUCGGCACAUGCCCCAUCUUCUAACAAGGCAGGUCAGUAACCUAUACUGCGAUGGGUCAGUAGGGGGAGCUUCAUUUUUGAGGGGCUGUCAUGUUGCCCAGCUUUUUAUUUUACGCUCUGCAGUUGAUUUGCAGAUUCUGUGUUUAUGAUGUGUUUCGCUGCGCGUGCAAAUUUUUAUGACAAUAAAAAAACUGUCUUUAUCCUCCUGGUCAGAUCCCAGCAUUCCUCACGCUUUUCUUAUUUUGGGACUUGUUUGUUACAGACUGAAAGGAGCGUUUUGAGGGAUGAUCACAGACGUUCUCCCCAGAGAAAUCGUAAGGAGCAAAGUGAGCCUAUUUUGAGCGCUGUAGCAGUGGAGAGUGGGACUCAUUAUGACUCACUCAGCACUGAAAUGCUCUGGAUGAUGUCUGAGUCAGGCAUGAGGGCCAGUGUCCGCUGCCAUGGUGAUGCACAGCCAAAUGUAACUGAACUCAGAGAGCAAUAGAGAUGGAAAUGAAAUGAGGGAGGCUUAAAAGGGCCCCGAGGCGGCUUCACUAUUGUCAUGAUAAAAUUCCCAGAGUAAAAGCUGGCGAGCUGUAGGCUCCUGUAUGUAGACUGAUAACUCUGAGAUCCUCUAAUGCUUCAGAGUUUCUGUGGAGAGCUUUUGAUGUUGAAAGAUAGAUGCAUCUAGGCCAGGCAAAGCUAAUUCAGGGACAAUUCCAAAAUAACACAUUUUUAUGACUGUACUCCUCUGCAGUUCUUUUGGGAAAUCUACUUUGAAAAUAUUCCUUUUAUUUGGCAAACUUGUUACAAAUACGAUCGACUUUCAGGUCAAAAAAUCCAAGAUGAAGUGAUUGUAGAGUUUCUGAGGAAUGUGCGGGCACAGAUACUGAAGGGGAAGCUUUGUGAUUUCAUCUGGAUUGAUUCAUCUCGAGAUAAUCUUUGUGUAUUGGUGUAAAAGUGGAACAGAAAACAUAUAAAAUCUUAUUAUUCUAGAUUUAAUUUCCCCCCUGUCUUAAAUUAACACAUUAAACAGAAUUAAAAACACAUUUUUUAAGGCCUAGGAGAGAGGAGUCGGUAGGUAGCAGGUUUCCAAAUUCGCCAGCCUCUCUUUUUGCUGCUCUGCUGCAAAUGGCUGAAAUCCAAUUUGGCCCCUAGAUAAACUUCCACAUGCAGAGCUUGUCCUGCAGGUGCAUCAAGAAGAAGCAGCUCAAUGUGAAAAUGGGAGCAAAUCAUGGAGAAUUCAUGUGCUGAUGGAAGUCUAUUCAGACCGGGAUAUUAGAUCAGCGGAAUGGACACAAAGGUCCUAAUUGCGAAAGUAGUGUGGACAUGGCAAGCAGUUUAAGCAUUGAGUUGCCCUACUGUAAAUUAGUCACAGAUUUUUGAUAUUCAGAUCUUGAUUUCAGUCGAUGUUUGAGAUUAUGUUUAAUCUGCAUCAUCAGUGCCUACAAUGUCAAAAAGCACAAGGACAAGUGAGAAAGCAGUGUCUCAAUAUCCUGAAUCAAGUCCUUGACGGCGUUGUGUGUGUGUGUGUGUUUUUUGUAAUGUCUUGUGACUCACUGAUGCAGACUCUGCAUGCACAGCAGUCAGUUUUCCAUGUAUUCAAGUGAGGGUUGCUUGUAAGUAAUUUCAGAUAGGCAGCGAGGAAGUAGUGACUUCACACUCAAACCAGCCCCUUCUUCUGGGCCACCAGCCCAAGACAUGAUUAUUGGAGAAGGCUUUGGAGGCGUGCUUCUGCCACUUGCCAAAUCUCUGUCUCUAUCUCUUUAGUCCCAUGUACUCUGGCUAUAGAUAGUCCCAGGUAUGUAUGUCUUAAUUCACCAAAACCUCUUCUUGUGUUAACCUUUCCUGCUUUAGUGUCCCGAACGUAAUCAGGAAGCACAGAGGAGAUUUAUCAGUCUGCUCCUCCAAGGCUGAAGUUAAUGCUAACUCUGGGGUUAACCCCCACUCUCUUAACUUGCCAGCAGCAGGUAUUAAGACAUCUGAUAUCUGACAUCUGAAUUAGAAUGUAGAAUAAACCAUUUGUGCAAGAGUUUUCCUUUUUUAAAUAUACGGGACAUCUAGUUAGCAUCGCGUUUGUCUUUGUUUCCUUGGACAUGCAUCUUGUGCGUUGACUCUGCUGCUCUGUACAGUCAGCAGCAGUAGAGGACAGUGAUGUAAGGACAGAGCUGUGUAACAGGCCAGCAGAUAUUAAUCCGAUGUGCCUGGCUCGGGUCGCUCAGGUUGGCCUUAAGCCAGCAAAAAGAGAAGAGCAGGUCAGAUGACAGCGCCCGUCCUUUCCAAAUCCAGCAGGUACAGCACAGAGUCAGACACAGAUACCUUACACCUCUCUCUUUCCUUCUCUCUCUCUUACUCACUGUUUCUCUCUGUUUCUCCUCCUGCCUCUAGCAGUUUAUCUCUUUUUGACACUCCCGCUCACACACACGGGCUGUAUGCAAAUACUGACAUUAAUAUUUGAGAAGGAAAAAUCUGAUUAAGCCAUAUCAGCCAUGUUUGCUUUUUUACACGAGCAUAUAUUGUAAGGAUUUAUGACAAAGCCCUUUCAGCUUAAGAGCCCCGAUAGUGUUGAGAAAAGUAAAUUGAUAACCAGGGCUGCAGAGGAGAAAUGCUUUAAUCAUUGAUUAAUAUGUCAUUAUAUUUGCAUGAAAACAGUGAGUUGGUGAAAAAGUCAUGUAAGGUAAUGUGUGAUGGAAAAUCCAAGCACGAUAUCUCAGUGGAAGCUUGAGAUAAUGUCUUCAUUUUGUCCUGAUAUUCAAACGCAGGAGAGAUUUGUAAGAUAAGAAACUGAUUUUCACAUCUGAGAAGCUAAAAACCAGACAAUUUUCAGAAUUCCUUUUUACCAAAUGACUGACGCAGCAGGAUUUUUUCUUGGCAUCAUUUUUACAGCAGUGAAAAUAAACAUAAAUGAAGGAAAACUGAAUUUAUACUAAUGCAAAGUUAAAACUGUAAUAAAAUGCUGGCUGAAGCAUUGUUCCUACAUGAGUUUCUUUUGAGUUUGUUCCUGAAUGCAGAGAUCAACUUAACUGGUAUAUGGUGAGAUGCACACACGCACCUCUGUGACCUGAGAGUCGGUGACAGACAGCAGGCCUGCAGAGCGGAUACAGCUGACUCAGGUGGAUAGUUGAGAUCUGCUGCAGCUGAUCCACGUCAUUCCUACCUGACUUCCAAAUCCAGAUUAAAGAAAAUGUGCAGAAAAUGUGAAACGUGCAAGAGUUCCCGUUGGUAAUCCUUAACAUUUGACCCCGCCCGUAUUUUUGCAAGUUUCCCAAUACUUGUAUAUCACCACACAUACUGUACAGUGCAUGGUAAUGACUGUAAACAUAUAUCUUCACAGCAAGGAGCUGAUGAUAGAGCCAACAUUUAAACACGGUAUCAUUAAAAUGUCAUUUAUGGACACUGAUGCUGUUGAUCUUUGUUACAGAGUUGGUGUCAGUGUCAUCAUCAGCAUGUUAACAGCGCCUCUGUAUUUAUGAACUCCAUCAGAGUUCGUCAUAAAUCCGGUUCUUAUUGACAUGGCGUUGAACUCUGCCAAUUCCUGCACGUUAUUUACAACUUAGGGGAGUGUGCUUAAACAGCAGCUCUUUUGAUUAUUCCUUCGUAGGCUGUUUUUUGGCCUUGGCUUCUGCUGUGUCUCGCACACAGUGCAGCUGCAACCCAGCAGUAUUUCUAAGAGUUUAAGAGAAAAAAUAGAGGAAAAAAAACAACUUCUGACCCUGCUACAGAGUGUGAAUGUUGGAGUGAAUCGUAGCUGCAGCCACAACGAGAUAAAAGAGGUGUUUUCUUCCAAGAGCAGGAGGGUGACAAAAUGCAUGUAGACAUGUCUGUCAUUGUUUGAUCAUCUGAUUAUAAAAUCUAGUCUCAUGUGUAAUCUAACAUUUGGACAACAGAAGUUAAAGUAUUAUUGCAACUAGGGCUUGGCGAUAUGGCCUCAAAUCAAUAUCACAGUAUAUUGAGCAGUUCACCUCGAUAACGAUAAAUGAACGAGAACUACUCCACAAGCUGCUCACCCCCUCCUACAUUAACUUUGUCUACUUCAGCCGCUGCUUCAGCUGCUCCAACUUUUGAACCAUCCUCCAUCUCCUGUCUUUCCCUCUUUGUUACAGACUGGAUGGGGUGGAGUCACGUCUCUGAUGUAGGACAGCAUCUUAAAGGGACAUGAGACCAUAGCCUACCUACACACAUCCCAAACCAACCUUUAUUCAAUUAUUUUCGUGACACUGAAUAUACCAAUAUAGGCAAAAUGACAUCGGUUAUUGUCAUACAUUUCGGUAGCAGCAAAUUUUCGUUUACUGCCCAGCCCAAAUUGUAACAGUGAUUGUAAAAGCAAAAGCAAUCACCUGAUCACUCAUGGUAUCAAGCCAAUUGGUAAAAAAAAAGUCUGAUACAUCUCACCUCUGCCUGUUGACACUGUGGCAAAAAUGGUUGCAUUCUGAAACAGUAAAGACUGUGACAAAAACAAUGUUUAUACAAGUUUAUGAUAUUAACUGGCAAUUAAAAUGACAUUGCAAAGAAGCAAGAAGUGUAAUUCGGCUGAGCUCAACUGAACUGAGAAAGUAACGAAUCAGGUCUUGGAGUGAUUCCAUUCACGUCGUUCACUCAGCAGUUCUGUUCUUUUGAACGAGUUGUUCAUGAACAGCACAAUACUAUAACUAGUAACUUUCAGCAGUAAUGUGUCUUUAAGUACGCUGUCAGGGUGCACAGGGUUCAAGUUUGUAUCUGACAACCACCUGUAAACAUGGACUAUUUUAAAGCCGUUUUUGUUUGGGUUUCUGUUGUUCAAAAUAAACCUUUUUUUCAGUCUGACAGCCAAAAAUCUGAUCAUUCAAGAAAUCAGGGAAUUGGGAAGAAUGUGUUUUCUCUCUCACACACAAACACUUCACUGUGGAUGGGAUUUUAUCUCAACCAGUGACACUGAUAUCAUUAUUUUGUUGGAUGAAGCGUCCCUCUCCCAAAAUGACUUGUGGCUCAGUGAGUUAGGAUUUUCACUCUCUAUUUAAUCCCGCAGGUUUCACACCUCCGGGAGGAUGCUCACAUUUCAAAAUUAGUAGAUCCCUUUCUCCUGAUUAAUUUUAUUCAGAGUAAAUCAUGUGUGAGUUUACAAUUGUGUGUUUGAGUGAGUGUGUGUGAGUGUGUGUCAACAGGCUUUGGUGGCCUGUUGAACCACUUAAAGGAUUCUAUUUAACGGGUCAGCCGAGCAAUUAAUCAAGGGUUUAAUUGGAAUCCAGAGUGGAGUGACAUGAUUUAUGCAAAUAGGGUCAUUAAUAUGCAAGCCUGCAUUCGAUGCUCAAAUUAAAAUGGCUCAUCCGCCAGCGAAGGCUAGCACUUUCAUUACGCUAAAUUAGAGAGCGAUAAUAACUCCAAAUACACAUAUUUAUUUUCCACAGACAUUCAGAUAGGACAUGCCCACAGGAAGGGAAAUAUGAAAAGGCAGAGAGGAGGAAGUUCUUAUAUGGAAGACAGUCAAGAGGAGGCAAUGCUAAUGCUGUUCAUUUUAGCUCAUUAGAAGCCAACUGCUGUCUGCAGGGCUUCUCUUUUAAUUGGAUCACCGAGCAAUUUAAACCACAUUUGCUUCUUAAUUGCUUUUUUCGCACUUUAUAAUAAAAAGUACAGCAGCAGUAGUUUGCUAUUCACAGAUUUCUUUCCCUGGUCGAUGCAGCGCAGUGAUACCAGUUCCCUGACCUACACUGCUGCCCUCUGUAACCAUCCCCACAGGGACACUUUGUGAUCCUUGCUCCAAAGUGUCCGGUGCACUCACCCUCUCGAUGUGCUGAUGCCAGAGGGAUUAGAGACAAGGAGGCGAGCAGUCAGGCCACAGCUGAGUCACAUUCUGCUGCUACUUGUUUCAUUAGGGUCGCUGCACAGGAAUGUUCGCUGUGAGAGACACUCAUCUUUGCAGACUUUUCACACGCUCAGCAUUUGGAUGGAGCAAGUAAACUUUCUCUUGUUACAGUAAAGUUGCAAACAUCAGUGAAUUGUGUGUAUGUGUGUGUGUGUGUGCGUGUGCAUGUUUCCUAUAAGUAACAACCACAGCUGACACUCGUCCCGUGUUGGAUUAGCUUUUGGUAUAACUUGAACUUGGUGAGGGUGAAAUAUCAACCAUCUUACAAUCAUCCAUAUUCAAACCAUGGCUAGAAAGGAGUUUGCUGCUUGCUUCCCUAAUUCUGACACCGUUUAAUCCCAUUAUUUUACCAAAAGUCAUGCAAAGACAAAAAAACAAAAACUGAAAAUUCUAUUUUUCCUCACUUUUAAUUGGAUGCCUGCAACAGGUUUCAAAAAAAUUUGAGGUAGGAACAAGAAAACACUGAGAAAUUUAUGUAACGCCUGAAGGAACUUCUCCCUACUAAUGAGAUUAAUGUUAAACAGGUAGGCAACACAAAUGGGCUCAAAAAGAACAAUACAGAGAGGCUGAGUCUCUCUGAACCAACAAAUGGAAGAAGUUCACCCCAACAAAGCUCCUUAGCAUGAAUGAUUAAGAAUGUAAAAUUUUUAUCUAAGGUGCAUGUUAUCAAAUAAAGAAUCACAGAUCCCAAUAAAAUCUCUGUACAAAAAGCACAAGGCCUAAACAAUGGAAUCGUCAUGAUGUGAGUAGGGCCUGACUGAUAUGGAUUUUUUGGGGCCGAUGCCGAUUAUUAGGGGGGAAGAAAAUCCGAUUACCGAUUAAUCGUCUGAUUUUUAAAAUUUUUCAUGAAGUUAAAAAAAUAUAAAGUAUACUGUAGAUAUCUACAGUAUACUAUAUACCGUAGAUAUACUGUAGGCUACUGCUCUUCACGACGACAGGACGACCGAUUGAUUAAACUCAGACCAGAAAAUCGUUUCAAUCCCCCCCCCCCCCCCAUUUCCGGUCCGGUCUCAUCUGGAGACAUGCAGCUGCCUCAGUAAGAGAAGUAGCUCGAUCACAUAAUGUGUACUGUUGUUUACUCUCCUGUUACUGGCACAUUACAUGGUGCUUCACUGUUAACUCGGCGUGACCGAGACCAGCACAGCACAGCGGGGAACAUGGUGAAGUGGGUUGAACUGAAACUUGUUGACUUAUUGUGUAUUUCACAAACUGGUUUAUUUACCGUUGAGGCGGACCACUGUCCUCCGUGCGUCCCUGAGCUGCCUGUUUCAGAUCCGUCACUCUGCUGUGCUGUGAGGUAGUUAGUGGAUGAAGAUUAUCAUGAGGCCAUCUUCAGGAUAAGUCGGGGAACUUUUCAAAUGGUGGAACAUUUUCGAAGUGAAACCGAAUCUUAUUCUCCGCAUUUUAUUUCUGAAAAUUUGGGGCGAGUUUUGGCUGAUUUUUUUGUCCGAUUAGUCUCAAACUGGCUAAAAUUGGCCGAUUUAAUCGGCUUGACGAUAAAUUGGUCGGGCCCUAGAUGUGACAUUAAAAACAGGCAUUACUCUUUCGUGGAAAUCCCCACACAGGCUCAAAAUCACUUCCAAAAAAUAUUCCUGUAAAGACAGUUCGUCGCUACUUCCACUGAUUCAGGUCAAAGAUGUACCAUGCAAAGAGAAAACCAGAUGUAAACAAGGUACAGAAACUCCAGUGACUUCAGAGGCCUGAGUCUGAAGCGAGAGUAAUCAAGAUAUGGCAUUCUUUUUUGGAAAUCAUGGAUGAUGAAUCGUCUUCUGUAAAGAGGACAGGGACUACCCCAUUUGUCAUCAACGCACUGUUCAAAUCCAGCAUCUGUGAUUGUUUAAGGAUUGCAAGCCAUCAAAAUCUGUUUUUAACAUCAUUUCCUAAUUUAUUUGAAACUCAGUGUCCCUUGACUGAGGAAGAAAGCAGGAGCACAUUUAGAAAAAGAGAGAAAGAGCACUCACAAUCAUGGGGAGAGGCUCCAGCCUGGCCUGGGAUAAGACCUGGAACCUUCUUGUGAGGUGACAGUACUAUCCACUGCAACCCUCUACUGUGCGUACUAAAACUACAAAGUUGUAUGCAUUCAGUCAGGGUCUUAGAUGAAGUCAUUAUAACGCUGCUUUUGUGUGACAUGUUAAUUCUCCGUUGGCCUCUCUGCAUAGAUCAUCUUUAUUUUGUUGAAAUGGCACUCAGGUUCAAAUUACCCUUAACGGAAUAAUAAAAAAAGAAAUCAUAGUUCAAAUUGGUAAAAAAAUGGCCAAGAUCUUUCAGGGUGUAUUGAAUCAUUAAACACAGGGACUUUUCCUCCGCUCAGUUUAUCAAAAGAUCUUUGGCAUUUACGGAGAAAAUGACAAGGCUCUUUUUCUGAAAAUAUAACAGUUUGACUUUAAAAGGCACACACUGAUGUCCUCUAUCCUCUAAGAUUUAAAACACCUACAUGACUGAUUUUAUUGUACAAUGUCACUGAGCAGUUGUAAAAGCUAGCAUGUAACAUAGCAUAAUUAAACUGGACUUUUAAAUCAAUUAAAAAAGGCACUGUUGAGUCCCUCUGUGUUAAAAACCCAACCAUGAACCUAAAAUGUUUGGCGGUGUAUCAAGGCGAGAUCUAUUUUUACAGAUUUUAUGAUGAAUGUCAGGUAAUAUCUUCAUUAUUUUAAGAUUUGAUUCAAAAUAAAUUGAAUAAACAAUACAUUCAUUCAAAAACCAUCUGUACAUGCGACAAUAAUGUAGUAAUGUUAUGAAAAAACACAUGCACAAUUUAAGCCUUGCGAUUUACUAUAAAACAUACAUGGUUAAGUUGUUGUUUUGUAAGAUUUUUUUGAGCGUGGACAUGAUAGUUGAAUAAAAAAAUCAUGCUUUAUUUUGAACAUGCAAUAAAGAAAACAGAGUAUAGGUAGUAACCAUACACAAACACAUGCAUACCACAAAAGAUAUGCUGGCAACAACCUGCAUUUGUAGCCGAUCUACAUGUUCGAAGAGGAGUAGGAAGAAGUUAAAACUCAUUUCAUCCUACACCUUUUAUCAACAGUUCCUAAAGUGAUAUUUUAGCUUUACAUAUUUAUAAUAUUUAAAGACGGUCACAAACUUAAUAUUUCACCUAUAUAUAAUACUGAAUUUCUGUACGUAUAAUACUCAAACACAGAGGAGGACAUUACAUAACAAGACAAUAUGUAUUUUAUAUUUUAUACCUACAUACAUAGUUGAGUCCUGACUGCAACAUGUAGCACAAGAACAUGAACCCAGUUUUCCAAGACUGUAAUCACACCAUUUCUUUUUUUACCCUGCAUGGUUUAUGUCAUUUCUCGACUUAAAAUAGGAAGUGUAAACGCAGCAGCCUUUACAGUGUGUCAGAUGUGGUGCACACAGAGCAAAUUGACCAUUGCGGCGACUUUCGCUCGCUUAUUAUCUCGCUGUGGAAAGCAUUAAUCUAAAGCUCUGGCUGCUGCGCGUUUGUUUGCUCACUUCAUGGCCGUGUUGCUCACUUCUGGGUAUGAAAGAAAACAGUUGUAGUAUUUGAAUGGAGCACAAUGGGGUGUUUUUGACAGCUGGUGUAUGUGCAAAAACAAUGGGUAACACCAAACAAAGAAGCGGCAGUGAAACAUGCUUUAUGUGCUGUAGCUGGAACGGAUGGAUCUAUUAAAAAAGGCUUUGAUCCGCCCCGAUUGGAUUGGGACAUCCUGUUAUGGGAUAUAAUUCAUACCAUUUUAUAUACAUUGGCUGAUUGCUACACACACAUACACACAGAUGACUCCCUCUCUCCCUCUCUCUCUCUGUCUCGCACACAUCUCUCGCCCUCCUGUGUCCCCGCACACACUCACUGGCUUCUCGGGGUUUUCUGUAAUUACAGCAGUGAGCAGGGAGCUGUCUCUCUUUUUGCAUGGCAGAUGGUCCAGCACCAUGCUGCAUCAGGUAACCGUGACAACCACCUCCCUUCUCGCAGUUAACAGCACCAUCAUGGCUGUUUACAGUGACCAAAUGUCAUUAUGGAGUCUGUGGAGACAGAGAAGGCGAGGGACUGCGAGGGUGGAGGGGGGCAUUAAUGUGAGUGAUACUGAAAGGUAGAGAGCUGAUUUUUUUUUUCUUUUUUUUCUUUCUUUUUUUUUUUUAGACAGGAUGCUCAGGAGCUUCUUAUCAAACAAACACAGAGAGACGGUGGAGAAUAGUGUGACGAUAGCGCUGUUUAGGCUGCUGAGAAACAGCUUUGUUUAAAUCUAUUCAUCCAGAUCCUUAUACAAACCCUGUAAAUCUGAUCCAAUCUGUUAAAUAAUCCCAUCACUUUUUUUUCUUUUUUGUCUGGAUGUAUCAUUAUUUUGUUUAAGCGCUUUUUUUCCUCCUCCUGCAGCUGGUAUCCCCGCUCACGUCAUCAUGUCAAAGUCUUACAAUGCAUGUUGUGGAUAAAUGGAUCCUUUCAGCACAUUGUCACUCCUUAGAUUUCUCGGAUUAUGCAAGCAAAGCUGAAACAAGAUCUUUUUCCUCGCUCAGAUUACAAUGCAAAAUAAAGACAACAAUAUUAGACGAGCAAGCUAUCGAAUUUCAAAGAUUUUCAUUCUUGGACAAGCUUUUGUGUCUCGCUCUGUAUUUAUCCAGCACAGUAAAAUCUCAGUUAAAACCUGAGUUCAUGUGCCGCAGAAGCAACAGCUCCAUGCCCUGAUCUGUGCUUGUGACUGUCUGCAGAUUGAUCUGACAGUGGGGAAACUCUCUGUCAUACUCCAUUUCAAUCAACUUGACAACAGAGACAAGUUCAGCUCUUAUAGGUCUAUAAAAAAGUAAAAGGUGCUUAUUGAGGCUCUCUGCUUCACAGUCAAGUGAAGUGUGUAUGUGUGUGUGUGUGCUUCCUUGCAGUACCAGAGGGAGGCAGUGACACACCUUGCUGUGCUGUGGCAGGAGUCACACACACACACACACACACACACACACACACACACACACACACACACACACACACACACACACACACACACACACACACACACACACACACACACACACACACACACACACACACACACACACACAGUCAUUUGUUCAUUCAAUUAAUCAGCCGCUCACCUGUUCACUUUGGUAAUGGGGCAGACAAGCAAAUCUUGUUUUAUGCAAAACAUUGUUUUGUGUGUUUAAUGCCGAGGCUCGUGCUUGUGGAGGAGAAAUCAACUAAGUCCUUAUUGGUGUAUCUCAAAGGCUGAGAUUUGUCAAAUGUUAAGGUCCUGAUGAAGUAGUGGGCCAAGAUAUCUAUAAAAAAAUCUUAUUUAAAAAACAUUUAACUGGUGCUAUCAUAAACAGGCUCCUCCACCUUUAUCUUAAAAAAAUGAUUUUUAAAUCAAAAGUAAAAAAUUGGAGAAAUUGCAGGGUUUUAAAUCCUUUAUUAUUAUUAUUAUUAUUAUUAUUAUUAUUGGGGAUGCACCGAACCGAUAUUUGGAUUGAAUAUCAGCUCUGAUAUUGACAAAUUAACUGGAUCGAAUAUCUGAUCAAUGACACCGAUCCAGCGUUCUGAUCCAGUCUUUUUUUUUCUCUUAAUUAAUAUCAUACACAGCAAAACAGCAAUUCUGUUUGCUCUAUAUUCUAUGUCUAUCUAUCCUUUUGCACUAAAUGUUUACAUGGAAGUCUUACUUCUUUUUGCUGUGUGCUAAUGUGCAAUUUGUUAUUAAUAUUAUUAAGUAAAUUUAUAUCUGUGUUAAUUUGUAACCUUUUUUUUAACAAAGCUAAUGUCAAGCCUGAUGCCUUCACUGACAGGACAAGGUAUUAAGUUCAUAUAUUCAACAGUAGUAUUGGAUUGGUAUCAGAUAUCGGCCGAUACGCUCAGCCCAGGUAUCGGUAUCAGAUUGGAUCGGAAAAAAUGGAUCGUUGCAUCUCUAAUUAUUAUCUUGACUAAUUACUGGGAGUGUACAGAGGCUACAGUUCUGUCCAACUGUCCAAUCAACUUAAAGCAAAAAUCAAUUAAUAGACAGUAACUAUUAACUCUUUCUGUCAUCUCUCUAAGUAAUAAAUUGUGAGAAAUAAGUGUAUGGAAAGGGACAUUACAUUCAUAGGCUUUUGAAGAAAAUAACCGUUGCCACUUUAUAAACUGGUACACCCUUGUUUGUUUAAUAUUCCUUAUAAUUUCUCACUUCCCCAUUUAGAUGCCGAGUUAAAAUGCAGAUUCGCUCAGCUGCUGCUUUGAAUAUUCAAGUAUAUUUAAUGUUUAUUUUGCAAAUAUAUGCACACCUAAAAGCUUUGAUGUGUCAGGUUGAUAUUAAUAAAUAUUAUAAUCUGCAGAGACAGAAAAUAUGAAGCUGGAUUUUUGACUUAUUGUGAUGAAGGUGUGUGCAAUUAAUCAAAGUAAUGAAUGAGCUGUAAGUCACAUUAAAGGAAAGGUUUAAAUCUGGGCUUUGAUUGAAUUUCACUGAAUCCAAGGAAUUGAACAAAUGUUGGUGUAGUGGCUGAAUUUGUUUCCUUUCCUUUCCUUUCCUUUCCUUUCCUUUCCUUUCCUUUCCUUUCCUCUUAUACCACCAGCAGUACAGAAUUGUGAACACAGUGGUUAACUUUUUAACAGUUCACACCACUCCGUUCAAUCAAUAGCGGGUUUGUGCUGCGGUCUAAUUUCUUGCACCCUGUCUGAUCAUAAAUGUACCUCUUGAUCUGCCUCUGCUGAGGGGAAUCAAUAGCUGAGCAGUGGACCAGCUGUUAGCUUUUUAUUAUUUCUUAAAUCAGUCAGGUCUGCAGUGCUAACUUACCAGAGUGAAGGCAGCAGCAGCCGUAGAGCUUUUAGUUCAUAAAACCAACAUGCCUCUGAAAGCGGUGUAUGAAGAUAUUGAUCUUGUGCUCUGAAAGCUAAAUGUAUUUUUUCUCAGGAUUUUCCUGGUAUUACAGGAUCCACAGCAGCACUGCUAUUGUGUAAUGUGGUUAGCCCAGCAUGACUUCCUGGUUAUACAUGCUGGGAUUACAGCAGGAGACGUCUACAUUUUCACUUGUGUGUUAAAGGCUUGCAGUGUUGCAUCUCCUGGAAAUGUAACAAUUAGCGCUUAUAUUUUACCUUUAGGUUAGAAAUUAAACACCUUAUUUUUUUGUCAGUAGCUUCUGGGCAGAAAACAUCUGAGAGUAGCUGAAUGUAGGGCAAACAAGAGAGAGAAAUUGGUUAUGAUUUAAUGUAAAGGGGUGUGCGGUAAUCAUAAAAACUGGCAAAGGGUUUGAGUUUUUAGACUUUCAUCCUCAAAGAGAAAAUAUCUUCAAAGACAGCUCAGAAGAAAGGGGCGAGUCAGGCUAACUACUCUCACUGUCCAGUAGUAAAGCUGUCAGUCAGUACGUUUACAUGCACAGCUUAAUCGGACCAAGCUCAUAAUUCGUUUUUUUUCUCUCCUUGUCUGCGUAUACAUGCAGCUGAGAAAAUUUAAUUAUUUUGGGGUCUUUUUGGCGGCGCUGUUUCCGACCCUACAACCAUCAACAACGAUAGCAGGUCCGUGCCAGGCGUCAGAAGUGGCUACAACUGCUUUGACGGAGCAUUGUAUAGUGUUGUUUUUGUCGUACAUGAUGUACGCGCUACUUUUUCUGUGGAUGAGAUGCACGCUACUACUCUUCUCUGGUGUUUUUGUUCCAGAGUUACGGGGGCACGGCACACACACACAUGUAUUGUCCAAUCAUACUUACAUGGUGGAGAAAAUCGAAUUCCAGUGAAAAUCAAAUUUGGGUGUCCCAAUCGGAGUUCUCUGACUCCAAUCGAAGUUCUUAAACUCUGAUUAUAGUCGGACUAACGUGUUUACAUACACUUCAGUUGUCCGGUCUUAAUCGGAAUAAGACAAAAACUCGUUUUUCUCAAGUGCCAUGUAAACGUACGGGUGUGACACUGAGUUCAAAUCAAGGCUGGGUUAGCUCAGUAGGUUAGAUGAUGUUCACACGGGGGUUCAGUGUUGGAGUUUCUCUGAGCAGUGGUGCUCUCUGUGUAAAUUUGGGUUACUAAAGAUGCUAAUACUUUUACAGUGAUAAGGAUAUUUGCAGUAAUCGAGCAGCCCUACUAGACACCCAUAUCGGGCCAUUAUCACCUCUCACUUGGCAUUUUUUAUUAUUUGCAUGGGUGCUCCUAAAUACAACUUGCACACAGUUGUAAAUGUGAGUAAUUCACUUAAACUGCCAGGCCCUGCUUCUUGAACAGAGAAUAUUUGGUCACCUUUUUGUGAUUCAUUUCUGUGGACCAAGAGUAACAUUAUUAACAUUGACUGCACAGGCUCUGUUAAGCUAACAGGAAGUUGUGCUUUAAAAGUGAUCAGCAGGACUUUGCAAACAACUCCAAUCUCCCGUGGGAACCGGACCAACUGUGUGUAGAUAUAUGAUACUCUUCUUUCUCUCUAGUUAAAAAUCUAACCGAGGAUUUUACUCAUUUAUACAAGCACUAGAUGCGUUCAUCAGGUAUCCACUUACAUGAAAGCAUCAGGCAAGUAUUUUAUCCUCCACAUUUGACAGAUAAUCAACUAAAUUUACCUGGAUUUUAAUGCUUUUAGAUGCAAUCUGUUUCUACUUGAAGACAAAAUGUGUCGUCCACACAUGACUUACUUCAACAGUCUCUCUCAAUUCAAUGACGCUCUCCUGAUUAUUAGUGAACACAACGUUGAUAGAGCUUCAUUUAAUCUUAAUUAAGUACUCCAGCAUGCUGAUGUGAAGUGCCUCCUCCUAAUGAGUUUUAAACCGCAAAACAAACUAAAUAAAACUGAUGUUCGAGUACCGGCAUGUAUUUGUUUCAUGAAUUAUCUUAUCAUUAACCUUGUACUUUUUGUUUUCCAAUGGAGCUCAGGACAGUGUAAUUUAUGUAUUCUGGGAAACCGUCUAAUUACUAGAAGUAGACUCGGUGAUUCAGGUGUUCAGAUGAGUCACUCACAAGUUCUGCUCAACUUUGCAAAAGCCAUAAAUAUGUUUGUUUUGGUCAAACAUGUUGAGAUAAGACAGGCGAGUCUGGAAGAGAAAAGAACCUGAUUGGCUGUAGUGAGUUAGGCUAUCUUCACUCUCAGGAGCCUCUGCGUGCACAAUUUUUGAAACAACUAUAUUAAAAGAUUCACUGGUGUACUGGAUGCUUACAGUUUUUUGCAGGCCUCCAGAGUUUAUUUACUGAAUAUUGCUGUCUUUUUGGACCAUAAUAUUGACUUAAUGAGGGGGGAAAGCUGUCCUCUGUAUAUGAGGACUUAUCCCUCUUCCAGGUUCCUACGCAAGUAUGGAAAGUAUCGAAACGUAUGGAAGUAGUUUGAUCAAUCUCCAGGUCUUAAAAAGUACGGUAAAUGAAAAAUAAAGUAUAAAAAUCAAUGUUUCAGGACUAUUACCACAGUUCUAAAAUACUGUUUUCUAAAAAUAGAAAAGUAGGUAUUUCCAAAAAUAAUUCUAAAAAGUAGAGCAUGGAAAAGUAUGAAAAUUCCAACUGCGUAGGAACCCUGCCCUCUCAUUUUGUACCAGUAUUGGUUGAGCUGGUUUUUAGGAUGCAGCACAUUUUUGACCAAUAAAGAUAUCAUAGAGUGCAUCUUGAAUAAAUCUUCUUGACUGGUGUUUGCUAUCUAUAAAGACUUGAUGUUACUAAGAUACUUUUACAUAUUUCCAUGUCUCAUUGAAUUUAAUCUCUGGUCUAGAGUAGUUUAGAUUCUUCAUGUACUCUGAAACUUUAAAUUCCUAAAGAACCAUCUUCACUUUUAUUCAAAGACUCUGCUCCCAGAGUUAAAACCAGAUCAGCCUUUGGGAAAAUCAUACCUGCAGGUACAACGGCUGCAGAGAACUUCAUAAUACAUGCCCGGUUCUCUGUUGAAGAAAGCUUAAAGUACUUUAGAGAUAUUGCACACAUAGAAAAGUCAUAAAGUGUCAUUCAUAAUUGAUAAGACAGACAUCCGUUGUAGAGGCUUGGAUAUAGCAUGGGUCAGAAGUGAACGUUUUUACGUUUUUUGCUUUUUUGUUGAGCUGAUAAUCUCUUCUGGAUUAUUUUUGUAGAUUCCCUUGUUUUCAGAUUUGUGAUUACAUCCAAUCACAUGUUCCUGGUUUUUACUCCGAUAAGCUCCUGACUGAUAUCGCUUACAUUUCGGAGUAAACAAUUUGCCUCAUGUGUUGCCCUUUACCUUGAGCCGUUCUGACUUUUUCCAACUAACCCUGACCGUGGACCUGCGCGUCGUCUCGCUCUGCUUUUGCGGCCUCAUCUCCUGAGUCCUUCUCUCAGACAUCAGUCUCUCAGUCCCCUGUGAGCUGCUGUCUAAUCCACCAGUCAUCUGAAUCCAAACCCUCAUCUCACCGAGGUCGGGAUGAAAGAGCAUCUCACUGGAGCUGAGGUCCGUCCGUGCGUGGCAGAAGGAAAGGGAGAAGGCCUUAGUGCGAAAUGUCAGUGCUUUUCCUGUGAAGCUCGACUCAUCAAAGGCGGAUUAGUGUCGGACUGAUGGCCUCACUGGACGUGCGGACUCUGAUGGGGUAAUCUGAUGCAUCAGGACUGAUAUGAAGCUUUGGUGAAACCGAUGGACAUUUUACACAUUAACUCACAGCUGUGGACUUGAAUGCGAGCAUCCGCAAAUACCAACACAGACAAAUAUUUUUAGUCAUACAGCUUCUUUGUUAGCAGACAGAUAAGUCACACUUCUUCGGUUACUUUGGAUGAAUCAAUAUCAUCAAAGAGUCGUGUGUGAGUAUUUUUAGCUUCUUAAUGCUGCUGGCUCAUAAAGUAGUGAGGAAUUGUUUACAGGGCACUCAAACUACAAACUGUGGCCAUAUUUUAAUUUCAUUUUUUAAAUAAAGCAUCUGGCCUGUCAGUACAAACUUUAUAUCAAGAAAAAAAAGAUGUUCCAAUAUGUUUUUUUUCCUUCCUGAUGCAUAUUUUAAUACCUGGACUCGACUGUUACUACUAUAACAAUUUAUAUAACAUUGACAGAAAACUCUAUUUACUGACAGUUUAUUAAUAGUCAGUAAAUUCUUGGGUACUCAUUGUCAUGGUGUGUGCGGACAUAAAUUGGUUUUCUGGAGUGGAAUCGGUGAAUAGUAAGGCAUCUCCCAAUCUUACUGUCUUUGCUGAGAGCGGCAGGUGUGAGACAGUGACAGGUAAAGAAAAACAAACAGCAACAAGGAAAACAAUGCAACACCAUCAUGUUGUAAAAUGUGUAAACUCUGCGAGCGUUUGACUCUUAAAACUGUCUAUUUUGCUGUCUGUUAACCAGAACUUGUGUAUUAUGGGAGCAUAUCCGUAAGAAAUUUAAAGAGAAGGCAGAAAAUGAAAAAUGACUUCCAACCUUGCUGACCUGACCAAGCACAUAAGAACAGUAUUAAAUAAAGCCAAAAUGCAUUAACUUUGACUGUAUGCAGCUUAAACAGAUCUAUCAAACCCAGUUAAAAAUCACAAUAUAAUGUUGAAAUCAAUGUUAGGAUCGGCAGGAUAAAAGCUAGUUAGCUAACCAACUAAAAUGACGUGAUUAUACUUUGAUGUGUUCAAGGUCGGGUUGGUAAAAUGAGACUUAAAUAGGAGUAAAGAAUCAUCAUGAUAUGUUCAAAUGUCAUGUCCUGGAAAAAGAGAUUUUUUUUAUUUUUUAUUUGCCAAAAACUCAAAAAGCAAUGAUAACUGAAAAUACUUAGGAGUGUAUUAAGGACUCGAACCAUUAAUGAGUCUCGAUAACUGUUUCAUUGUUGAUGAAAAUUAAUGAUCCCCAUCCUCACUUAUAACUCUCUAUCCUCAAGUAUCAGUUAACAGUGGAACAAACUAUUACCAUGUAAUUACACUGUAGUAACUUAAUACUAAAUAUUAAAAAACUGAAUCAUUUGUAUUUUAUGAAUUUUAUGAGUUCCUCCUUUUAAAGGUUACUUGAGUUAUUGCAGAUCAGUCUGUCACAGUACCACAACAAUUAGAGAUACAGUAUGCAAUUAAAAACACUGAUUGCGGACAUUUUGCUAUCUAGACUUGCUGCUAGCCCUGUUAUUGUUAUUUUUACACAAUAAUUUACCUGAAAACCAUUAAUAACAGGGAUAUUUGGUGGUAUCUCAGUGGCACAUGAGCAGACAUGGUAUUUUGAGCAGUAUCAGAGGCUGAUACCAGAACAAUUCUAACAUAGAAAAUACAUUUUGACAUGUUUGUCUCUUAACAUUAUUAAUUGUGAAAGUAUACUAACAGAACAGACAACAAUAGUUGGAAAACACGAUUGCUCAAAGUCACAAAUAACCCCUCAAAAUAAAGAUGGAGAAACUCAAAAGUGCAGAGUUGCUUCAAUGAAGGAGUAAGUUUUGUGUUUAUUUAUUUGUUUGAUAUGUCGAUAAGUUUCGACCGAACAAGGAUUUUCUUAUUAUCUUCCCACUUUUCCAUCUGCCCCAACACCACAGACUGCCGACAGAAAGUUUUCGCUUGCAUCAUUUGGCCGAGACCAUCAAAGUUUGUUUUUGGAAUCCAAUUUCAAAGCUUGUGAUGACCCAACACUGCACAGUCUGUCAGCAGGAGAACAUUCUUGAUUGCACAAAGAUACUGCAGUUUGGGUGAUUCAUACACCGCUAAGAUUUCAGCUGCACCUGCGCCAAGGUUAUUACAAGAGUGCAGGGUAAUGUUCCACCUAAUACAUUUAAAAUGCACGGAUGGUAACAUCUGUGGGAAUGUUUAUCCAUUAGAAGCAGCAGAAUUUGUUUUGAAGCUUUCAGUCAUUCUGAAGGCAUCAGUGUCAUUUCUCAUCAGGAGUCGGAUACCUCAUAGGAAAUGAAACUAUUCAAAUGUUUUGAUUUCUUUACCCACUUCCAAUUUCAAAAGCAGCUCUCACUACAGUAUUUACUGCCAGGGGGACUAAUGGAGGAAGCUGUGCACCAUGUGUGAGUUUGAGCAUUUUGUAGCAAAUAAAAUGAAAGACAAAUAAGAACAUCAUUCUUAAUUUGGGGAGCUGACGGGGCAAGAAAUGAGAACAAUACAAAGGCCCAGGACGUGAGUCUUCAUUAAAGGCUUUGUCCUCCACACAUGACAAAGCAGGUUGUGAUUGUGACACAGACAGGCUGUUGACAAUUACAAGUGAUGUGUUUAUGGAUUUUCACUGUGAUCCGGUCUGAAAUAUAGCUGUUGUCAGUGUUUAAAACAUACCACACAGAGCCACAUCCCCAGAGCUCGACUUAUAGUCCAUAUUCCACAAUGAUAGCCACAGUCGAUGCUCAGUAAUGGGUCAGAGUCGACGAGAAUUUGUUUUUAGAGGGGUGAUUUAUUUUUAUUAGUUCUUUCUGAUGUUGUUAUUGUUUCUUCGGCAGAUUUAUUGACUUCAUCUGAAUACCUGUGAAAAGCAAAUGUCGGUCCCACUGGUGCUCAGGCAGAUAUGUGGUUUUAAGGUUGGCUCUGUGGAGUAUGCUUUCUUUACAGUUCGCAAUUCGUUUUUGAGAAAUCUGAAUAUAAGAACUAAAUUGAGAAAAAGAAAUAUUGUUAGGUUUGAUGAAUCUUGUGUCUGUAUGCCCUCUUUUGAGAGCAUCAUCAUCAUAUUUUAGUCGUAACCGGAGAAGUGAGAGCGUAUAUGGGAGCAUUUGGCUGCCAUGAGAAAAUGGCAACACAUAUCAUUGUGAGAACAAGAUCUGAUUUUUUUUUAAAUCAGUGCGAUAAUGGGCCAAGAUGAUUCUGUGAAGAUUACCAAUUUUUUCUGUUUUGUUUAUGCACACAUGAGGAUAAGAAAGAUUUAGGAAGAAAAUAUAGAUUUCGGUGGCGGUUCGAGGUACUGUUACAUAUAGGGUGACCAUAUUCUGACUUCCCAAAAAGAGGACGCAAGGACAAGAGGGCGGAGUCACAGAGUUGCAUGAAGUUAAUUUCGAGUCGGAUCGAGUGUCUUUUAUGUGCUUCUAACUCAGUGGGUCCACGUGACACAAAAUCGAAACUCUCGUACAAAAUCGUGGACAUUUGAGGGAUUUUAUAACCUUCCCCAGACAAAGCUGGACAAGCCCAGACAGCUCCCAAAAACGAGGACAUGUAAGGGUAAAAGAGGACGUAUAGUCAACCUAAUUACAUAUAUAUCAUAAACCGUCACAUUUUGUGGUCCUCUGCCUUGGUAAAAGAUGAGUUAUGAAGUGGGUUUUCAUAAGUAAACUUCCUGUAAACUUCCUUUCUCAAAUGUGUUGAAUCUGCAGUACGGUGGUUGUCUUCUCAGGUGGGCGAAUGCUAGCUGCAGUAACUGCUGCUUUAUAGACACAAAAGUUGCAGAAUAAUUACAGAUUCAUUUCCAAAUUAACAAAAAAUUAACUUUAAGUGUUUAGUAACCUCUUGUAAUUAUGUCAUAGAUUAGUGGUUGACCAAUCAGGGUUUUUAAACAGCUGAUACAGAUGCUGAUAUUUACACAGUAGGUCAACAGAUGGAUGGUAGUUAAUGUCAGUGAUAAUAACUAACAUUAUUCAGUGCACAUUGCAAUGUAAUACACAUAAUUAUCUUUUGCCGAAAUCAUUCUAUUGCGAGUAUACAUUGUUAUUAUUGCAUUGUCUUGAUAUUACUGCCUGAUUCUUUGGGUUUUUUCAAGUCUGGUUGCCUUGAGCUGCACUAACAGCUGCACUACGACUGUCAGAAGGAUGUAAGCUCUGGUGCAGAAAGAAGGCUACAUAAAUGCUUGCUAAGGAUUCAAAGGUUUGGCCUUUAUUAAUCCUAAGAAAAAAUAGCUUUAGUAAAAGACACAGACUAACAUUUGUUUAUUUGGCUCAUGCAAACUGAAGCUGUUACCAUUGUUUGGCUAGCUUAAAUUCCCAGGAACAAUAGACUUCAUGAGUAAUUUUCACAAGAAACACGUGUAUUUUGAGCAUCUCAGAAAAGCUCUAUUGGUGGACAUUCACUUGUUAGUGUUUUAAGUAAAAAUCAAACUCCAUUUGAAACCUUAUCAUGACUUAUCAUGAUGUUUUCCAUUAAUCUUGUGUAGGAGAUUAUGGUAUUCAGUUGACAUCAAGAGGCCUGUUAUGGUUUUGUCUGAAAUCAAAGACCUUUUUUUAUUUAUGGAAAGUUAUUUGGACUUUUGAAGACCAAAUCUACCACCAUUAUGUCUUCUUCUGUGGUACAAAGGAAAGACUUAGAGGCUUACUAACGGUAAGUAAAGACGGCUGAGCUUAGUAAACAGUGAAAUUAAUCUUCUGUAUGGGAAAGCUGAUAUGAGUCUCUGGGAAGUCUGCACUCUGGAACCCAAUCUGUAUUUCUCAUAACACCUUUGACCCCUUUUUAAUAUCAGGAUUAGCGUAUCAAGAAACAAAUCUAUGGCUUUAGGCAGAAGUGGUCAUUUUUGGCCUCAUAUCUGCUCAUAACUUUAUCUUAAUUCCUUGUGAAUCCACAUAAGACUGUAUUUUGGGUUGCAAAAUAUACCCUGUCAUUUCUCCUUCCCGUAGCAAGAUCCCCAAAUCUCCAAAAGGUAUGGUAGUCCAUCAGAGUAAACCUUUCCCCAGAGAGAACUCAUGCUUUCGGCUGCUAACUGUGAGCACAAAAUGAAACCUGAUUGAUGCAUUCAGUAUCUUCAGGAAGAGGCACAAUUGUGAAUGCACUUUGAGGCCUGUGGGGAAAGUAUUGCAGAAUGGAAAUGCAUGCCGAGCAUCAGAAAUGUUUACACAGAUCACUGAGGAAAUGAGGUAAUACUGUGGCACAACUAAUGGCGGUGUCCUGACAGAGGAUAUGUUUCAUUUAUCCUAUCUGCAUCAAGGUCGACGUUGCAAUUACCACCGUGGGAGAGAGGCUAAAAGAGAAAAUCCACCGGCCCCUGUGGUGGAUACACAACAAAUCACCUGUGCUGUUCAGGGCGGGGAAAUUUUAAAAGGGGUGAUAUAAAGUGUAGCUCACAGGCAGACUGUUAAAGCACGGAGGAAGAGAGUGAAUGCUUUAUUACCCGGCUCGGCGGAGUAGCUCUAAACGCCCACUGCAAGCUCACACCUUUUAUUUAGCUUAUACUACGGGGCUGGGAAGGGGACAUGAAAUACAGCUCAUGCUGUUUCCUUAGAGAGACAGCCAUUAGCAUUUUUAGUCUCAAAUUACAAUUAAAGCGCUUCAAAGCAGUCCCCAAGUUGCAUCCACAUUUUAUAUUUUGUCCUUUAACAAGCUUUUGGUUCGGCAUAAAUGAAAAGGUAAUUAGUAAGAGCCGUAGCGGCUUUAUUAGUGUGGGAAGCACACUAACAGUUGUCUCAGUUUGCCACCAGGCCCUUGUCACCAUGGCCUUCCCUCCUCCUCCUCCUCCUCUUCCUCCUCCUCUCACCAGAAUAGCUCCUCAACAUCCUAGUGUUGUCCCUCUUGAUCCCUUAAACACUGCUUUCCCCCACUUGUCUCCAUCCCCUCCCUCCUCCCUAUCUCCUCUCCCUUCACCUUCCUCCACGCUCUUUACAGGCUGUCAGGCUAGCGGCGCGGCACACGUGCUGUGUUCACGCCGGUCGGUCAGCACAGAUUGGCAUGCACAGUGUGUCUCCUGGACUGACCUGCCUGCCCGCGUUGCUCUCCUAUUAAAAUUCCUGUGCCAGAUCCCCGAUGAGGGGAGAGUGUAGCAGGGUCAGCCCCGGCUCGCUGGCCUUUCUCUCCCCCUGCCUGUCUAAUGAAGAGGACGCCUGUUGGGUUCAUUAUUAAAGAACUGCUAAUAACAGGCGGAGAGAGAGUGAUAGAGAGGUGAGAAGGAGUGAGAUGGCAAAAUAGGAAGCGAGGACUAUGGCAGUGAGAUGCACAUGGUGUUUCGUUGUAAAUUUGCUUUUACUUUAGGAGAUGGGAGAAGCUGCUGCAGGGUUUGCAGAUGUUUCAGUGCUUUGGCUGUGUUUUCAAGGAGAUCCUGUUAAACCUAUCCUUCAAAAUGGGCUCAAUAAAACUCAAGUAAAAUAUUUAGAGCUGAAAUUGUGUAAAAAUGUAUCCUGACACUGAAAUAUAGCCAUGAAAGAAAAAAAAAAAUUUUUUUUUGUUAUUUGGACACUUUGUCUUCUCUUACCUUCUUUUAGACAUCUUUGUAUCUUUCUACCCAACAUCAGCGGUAUUUGCUUUUAGUUAACUGACCAAAUAAAUGUCUUCACCUGAAUUACUACUCACAAAAUUCUGAUUUAAAGAAGAUUUUAUUGACUCCAAACUAGGUUUUUGUAGCUUAAAAGGAAAUUCCAGGGUUGGUAGCACCUCCAAUGGAUGAAUAAACAUUUAUCUGAACAUGUUAGUUCAUGGUCAUGUUCAAACAUUGGCCUGUUUCUUAAAGAAGCGACUUCAAACUGGAUCUGUCUCUUUGAGCCAAAAUUAGACAAAGCAAAGGGAAUUUUGCAGAAUUAAUAAUGCUUAAAUUUCUGUCCUUAUUCAGCUCUGAGCUUUGGAGGUGAUAGGCCUUUAGCAUAACUGAAGACCUUUAAACACUGUUGCGAUAUUCACUGCCACUUAAGUUACUUUUUAGUGAUCAGCAGCUUUGAGAUGGAUUUACUAGCUUUGCUGAUGUAUGGAUUUUAUGAUGGAUAUUGAAUAAUUCUCAUUGUUUUUUAAGCCUCUAAUUUAGAAAACUAAAGGGAAGUUAUGUUUUUGAAACAUUCAUCAUCUGGUAUUUAACUUUGCUUUCAAAAAUUCACUGUUCUUAUAGGGCCAUGACCAAUCAGAAUUAAGUAUUUAACACAGCUGGGUAAUUCAGAAGAAAGGGGGAGUCAUAAUAAAUAACUAUUAAAAGAGGCAUCAGACAGGUGUAUUGGUGGGAAGUCACCAUUUAAGAGGGUCUUAAACCUGUUCCAGUUAAACACUAGUACAGCUAAAAUCUCUCUCACCAGAACACGUCAACAUUUUGAUUUUAUUACAUGAAAAUGUUUCGUCUUCCAAGUAAAAACACUGUAUGUGCUUCCCUUGUAAGCCACACAUAAGCACAAAAGCUCGCUGUUUUGUAAAAUAACCUGAAAAUGUUCAUUUAGGUCUGAUUAAGGUAGUUUUCUUGAUGUCAUACUAUAUUCUAUGUAUAUUUUCUGUACUUUAGAUGUUAUUUGUCAUGCUUUAUUUAUAGCGAUUUGCAGUCCUAUCUUAAGGAAGAAUGCACCAUGUUAUUAGAGGAUGAAACUUAAGCGUUUGAAUGUGGCAUCAGUUUAGGGUUGUAUGUAUUUGGCUUUUUAUUCAAACGGGAAGUGUGCAGGACGACAUGCUGCAAAGGGUUGUGCCUGAGAGCAACCAAUGCGAUGAAAUCCACUCCCUUUUUCCACACUUAAUAAUAUUUAAGUUCUAUGCUGAUUCAAAUUCAAGCCACAGAUACAGUAUUUUCCAUAAAUUAAUCCAUCCCUUUACAUACUUAAAUGUAUUUAGUCUUUCCAGCGCCUCGGGAAAACAGGUGUGUUUACCCACAUGUCCACUGAAUAUUCCAAUAGUUAGCGUUUAAAACCCAUAUGUUCCCAGUACUCGCUCCUGCAUUAAUCACCCCUUUGCCAGAGGAAGCAUUAAUUACUCUGGGAUUACCAUGUGACUAUCCGGCAGGUUUAUAUAGUAGGCAGAGAAAAAAAUUUCCAUAUAGAUACUUGGUCUUUUUGAAAGCAAUAAUAGAAUUCCUUAUAGCUGCCUGAAGCACAUCCAUUCUAAAUGAGUCUGCCUGCUGCAGAUGCUCUCGGUAAGUGAUGUGGGGCAUUAUACAGGGUAUUACCAGCGUCCUCCGAGGCCUAACCCAGGUCCAAGGAAACGUGGGCGUGUGAUUGUGUAUGUGUGAGUGUGUUUCCCACAUUCCCACAUCGUAUGUGCCUUUCGUCUUGGGGUAUUCAUGCUCCUCCAUCCCCCUGCCAUAUGUCUCUCAGGUGUCCUGUCUCUUAACACGAACCAGGCAAAGGUUUAAUGCAAAUUACCAACCAUAAACAGCCAAGCGUGACAGCAUAAAUAUGUAUCAUGAUCUCAACUGUCUUUGUAGAGAGAGCGCCCGUCCCAUGACUCGAGAAAGUCGAGGUAAAAACGGAACAAAGUGAUGGACUGCGAGUGUAUGUUUCCGUGGAUCCGAGCGGGGAUGUUUAUAUGGUUUUCAUGCAGCAUGACCAGGGCUAUUAGUUUCUGGUCGCUGCUUAGAGGCAGACCCCAAGGCCUAUUAAAAAAAAAGAAGAUCGGCCAAUUAAUUUAAGCCAGAUAUAGGAUCUAGUUGCGCACAAUUCGCCGCAGAAUGAAAUGCUUUGGAGGGAUAAAAUUGAAAAAGAAAAAUGCAAAAACGGCGCAUCUUCAUUUUAGAGGGAUGUUUUAUUCAGGUCGUUUUAGCAGUGCUGUGAAAAAACAACUGCUUAGAUUAGCAUAAUGGAAACUUCCAUCAGAUGCUAUGAGCUUUUGAUAUUUACAACCCUACUGGUGGAAUGACAACAUGCAGGCGUAACACAGGAACGCUGCUAUAGGAGUUUUUAAGACAUGCAAACGAAAGGAAUCCCUCUCGCUGACAGGAGCAUUCAACAUCUUCGUACCAAAGAGGAGGGAUGUUGCGAAAGUCAAAUAUUCAUAACAGAAGAAGAAAGUUUGUCAGGGUAAACUCGCUGUAAUCAUUAAAUGGUUUUAGCUUGUGUUUUCCCUCUUUGUACGUCUAAUCUAGGUCACAAUUGGACGGCUCAUGCCCGUGCAGAAAGCAAAUCCACCCAGCGAUCGCAGAAAGCCUUAUCCCACUGUUUACAACAGGGCCGGGUCGAUAUCCACAGGAGGCGCUCAAAUAAACAAACCAUAAAUGCUCGGUGCUUCUGCUGGCCUCAGAGAUUAUGGCUGUAACAAAGAUUAAUUUUAACAACCUGAGCUAAUUGUCUCCGAAACUUUAGUUAACAGCAAAUAUGAUCUAGCCCUGGGUGCUUUUCUCCUCUUUAAUGAAGAAUAAUGAGCGCUGGAAUUACUGCUGGCACUUUAUGUUUUUCGCCGGUGAUUUGUAGAGCACAGAAAGGCUGGCAGGAUGUGAGUCCGGGAAUGAAGAGAUAGUCUGUAUCUGUCUGUGCGUUUGUCUGUCUGGGGGGAAUCGAGCGAGGAAGGAAGGGAGGAAGGAAUCGAGGCUUGUGCUUGGCUUAAAAUCAAAUCUGAACCCCUUGAUGAAUGCGAGAGAGUUAGCCUUUUGCCUCCAUGUUUUGUAUCUUAUGAGGCAUCCAAUGAAGCCUCUUCAUCCUCAUUUUUCUCACAAUGAAUAAAGAUGCAGCCUCCCUCCCUUUCCUCCUCUUCUUUGUUUACCGUCUCUCCUCUCUAUAUCUCUUUCUCUCUUCCUGUGUAUAACACUCGUACUGCUGUAGGAAGAAUCUUGGCCUUGAGCAGUGUCUCUGAUUCGCCUUCAAUCUCCACAGCAUGCUUGAACACCACCCGAGGCUGAAGAUGAGACCUCUCCACAAGUGGCAGAGCUUAAACGCCCUCUUUUAUCUGUACUAUCUCUCCCCUAGUGAAGCGAGGAAGAGAAGGGAGAGAAGGCGGUACCAGCCUGAGCCUCUCUAGCUGUACUCAGACAGAUGUGCGUGAAAAGUGUGUGGAGGAGGAGACCUUCAACACAAACUGACAGCACAAACUAUACUCAUAGACUGAAUACCUGAAGAGAGAUCUAAUCGAACUAGCUCUGCUCUGAUUUUUCCUCUUAUCCCUACAUGCCGCACCAGUACCACACAGAAGAGCCUUUGUUCUGGCCUCCUCACUCUCUGUACUUUCUUCUUUUUCCUGCAUUGUUUGCAGGUGGUAUCGAUAGCUUUGAUAUGGCCUGAGUGAACUGGUAUGAGAUUAGUAUUGUUAUCACAUUCCUCUUCCUCUGAGGAGCAAAAAGACCUUGACCUUUAACAGAAUCAGUCUAACCUACACAGUAUCUGACACAGCAGCGGCGUAUCCAUAUCCCUCUCCGCCUGCAAGUCCACAGGCGCCUCUGCAGAGCCAAUAGAUGUAAUAAAACUUAUUAGCACAGAUGGAUUGAAUACCUUUGUUACACUUGAGACCCUGUGAAGUAAGAGUCAGCAAUGCAGAACUUAAAUCCAACCCUGUGUUUUACUCAGUGUGCAAGAGGCAACUCCAUCGCUGAAAAGGUUGCCUUUUCUCAGAGAAAAUUGGCAGCUUUUCUUGCACUGGGACUCAUUCAGAUGCCCCUUAAAACAAUCCAGUUCAACCACAAACCUUGAUGGGGGGAGGCUUGGCAUGAACUUCACAUUCUUGCAUGAGUAGCCUUCAUGAUACACUGUAUGUGUGUGCGGAGGGAGAAGGACACAGAGGAUUUAGCUACAAUUUUCUUAUUGUUGAUGUUCUUGUGAAAGUUGGGGUGAAACAGUAAUAGUUUUCUAAAUGCUUUUUUAAAUUCAUAAUGGAGCGUACCUCCAUUUGUGUUAUCUGCACUGUGGCAGCAGACAUCCCCUCUGAGCUUGGGGGGCACUUCUUUUUUAGUUUCUCUGCUGACAUCUAACCCAUCGCAUUAGUUUCAGGCAUUAAAAUUACAUUAUAGAAAUUAUUAAUCAUCUUACUAAUGGUCUUGUUUGCUUUUGUAUUUCAUAAAAAGCCAUUAAUACAAAUUAAGUCUGUUUCUUAGAAGUCAAAAAACUUUAAAUUCAACACGCUCAUUUGCAUGCAGUUCAUAUCUCACAGAUCUAUUGCAUUAUCUCAUCAGAAUCAUUAAGAAAGUCAUCAUACAAAGGGUGACCAUACGUCCUCUUUUAGCUAGACAUGUCAUCUUUUUGGGGGCUGUUCGGGCUGUCUGGCCUUGUCUGACUUUGUCCGGGGAAGUUUAUAAAAUCCUUCAAAUGUCCAGGGUUUUGUAUGGAAGUUUAGAGUUUGUGUCAUGUGGACUUAAUGAAUUAGAAGCACGUAAAAGACACUCGAUCCAACCCAAAAAACUCUCAAAAUUAACUUUGUGCGACUCCGUGACUCCUCCCCUGCGUAGUCGUGUCGUCUUUUUGGGGAUUCAGAAUAUGGUCAACCUAUCAAUAUAAAGAGACAGUCCUGCUAAAUGUCCUGGUUGAGUUAAUGGAUACUCAAGAGCAGGGAUGUCCAGAUUCGAUCAAAAUAUCAGAUAUCAGUCAAGAAAAACAAAUAUCGGAUUAUAUCAGCCUGCAUCUAAAAUCUUUGAUGUAACCACUCUGAUACAAGCAGUCCAUUCCAGACUCCGCUCCAGCAUCUCUAGCUAGCGGUGCCCAUUUCCAGCAUGCUUAUCCCAUGUAGUCACAACAACAGUGUGUACAAAGGUACUAACAAAGUAGCAAGGAGUAGGAGUGCUGUGGCAGUAUUUUUCAUUAAAGUUAAAAAAAAAAGACGUUGUUGCUGAGUGCAAAAGUUGCCAUGCGCAGGUUUGUGCUAAUAUAGGAUCAAUAUCGGUAUCGGCUAAUACUGAAGGCUACACUUUCGGUUUCAUAUUGGAAGUUAAAAAGUUGUACCAGGACUCUCCUAUUCAAGAGUAACGAGAGAAUAAGUUUUAAGCUGGGGGUGACAGAUGUGUCAUUUGACCACCAAAACUGUACAGUGUGUGUGCAACAGUCAGUGAUGUCAUACGAACUGCAUCACAUCAUGCUGUCAUUACUUCCUUGUUUUCUAUUAUUAAUUCUAUAAAAAGUCCAUCUGAAAUCACUUUAACACACACAAGUGACCACUGUGAAUGCCGAGUCUCUGUUACAUGACUGUGAUAUUGAUAUGCAUGGGAUGCUGGAACUGUGCAGGGACCCCGGCAUAUGCUGAGUUAAGAGAGUUCAAGACCAGUCGUCUCAGCGCUCACUAACUCGGUCCGCCUACUAAUGUGACUGUGAAGUCAUUGAAUUAAUCAUAAUUUAUCUAUGUUUGCAGAUAUUUUUUUAUACAUCAAACAAACGUUUACGAGAAGGGCGCUCUUCAGGGUGUAGAAAUGAGUAGACCAAGUCCGCCUUUGUAUAUCAUGGUUAGGGCCCCGCCUGUUGAGACGCUCUUGAGAGGGUUGUUGAACUUGAGGGUGAACCUUGAGGAAAUCCAUGUGUGAAAGUGGAGUCUGCUUUAUUGUCCUUUAGAAAAAUGACAGAAGUUGAACCACUUGAAGGAGGUUAAUAGCACUUAUAGUAACGUGGCUUUAAAUGGAUGAUGAAAGUCUUUUUAUAAGAAGUACAAACAGUACAUGCUCAAGAUACUUGGCAGCUCCAGUGUUACCACAGCUGGUUUCAAUGUAUUCCUGUGGUGUGGUGUAAAAUCUCAUUUUAUUAUAGUGUUGAUUAACGUAAAAUGCCAAAAUAGUAUGUUCCAAGAACAUAUUACAGAAUGUUUACUCACUUUUAUAAGCUCCACCAACACUUAUGAAUGGUCCAAUUUGCUCCGACAUACAUCUCGUAUACCUAAGAGUAUCAUAAUUAAACCUCUCUACAUUAGAAGCCAUAGAUUAUCUUCUUUUUUAAAUGUGUCUGCCAGAGUAUAUAUCCUCGCACAGAUACCCGCUGCCUGGAUUCAAGCAUGUUCUUUAUGAAGAGUAAGACCUCCAUCUGUUAAUUCAAGCACUCGAGCAGACUGAAGCCUUGGAGCUGCACAAUUCAUUCACUGAAAAAGGAAAGAAUUACAAGCCGGCCAGAUAUGAAACCUCGCCGCUAUGUAUCACUCCUCUCUCUCAUCAAAUGGAGCAUUCAAGAGCACAGUCAUCUUCAAAAUAAAAGUGAGGAGAGUCCUUGGGUUAUCACCUCAUUAAUUUGCUUCCUUGUGAAAAGAAGCGGACAGUAAGAAUGUGUGCUGCCAUUUAAUUAAUUUCGUACACCUCCGGGUAUUGCGAGUCCACUUCUCUUUCAAGCAUUUGACUAAAUGACCAUUUUUAGGCUGUUUCACUGACUUUGUUUAUCUCGCUGUCUUGACCCUCGCUCUCUUGGUCUUUGGUCAUUAACUUCUUUAUCUCUGUGAAAACACAGAAAGCCUGUCUCGAAUGAUAACUUCUUCAUUUUUAACCUCUAGGGAAUUCAAAGAAAGUGGGACUAAGUUGAAUCUGUGCAGGAAAGGAACUCAACCAUACAGUUCUCACUCUGUUCUUCUCAAUUUACUGUUUUAUUUUCAGUAAUAUUUAGAUUUAGAUUUAGAGAAGUAAUUUUCAUGACCUAUGUCCUGGUUGAUGUGUUACAUAUCAAAAAAAGACAACAAAAACUCAUGAGCAUAGGUUAAUGUGAUGUGAUUUUUGUUAAGAAAGUUUUGUCUUCUUUACGCCCUUUCUCCAUCUCUUAAGGUUUAUUACUACCUGACUUUGAAGCAACACCUUCAUGAUAUUCAACCACCAGCUCAGAACUUGGCGUGCAAACUCUGGGGUAUUCACAGAACACUUAGGCCAGUUUCAGUUUAAUUGAGAAAAUUGAUCUCUAAUCGCUUACAGGUAUUUCAAUAAGAAGUUUGAUUUCAGUUGGAUUCACGCAUUGACAUGCAUUUUAAAAGUAUAGUUUCAGUCAUACUGUAGGAAAAGAUUUAAGUGCAUGCAAAUGUACUGAAUGCCUGAAACUUCUUGCAGGGGGCAGGUGUCAGACCCAGACUACUACAAACUAUUGAUGCAACUUUUUUCUAAUAAAUCACAUACAGGUUGUUAAUGAGUGAACCACUUAAAAAAAGGGAAUCAUGAAAUUUUUUGACAUGAAACACUUCUUACACAUUUGUGGGACAAAAUUCGCAAAGUCUGCUUUGUCCAUAGGUGGCGCCAAAAACAACACUAAUCAAAAGUUGCUAAAAAUAAGAUUUAAUUUAGAAGAUAUGAAAAAGAUGGGACCUUCUUUCUUUCUUUAUUAUGUUUGUUUUCACAAUUUUUUAAUUAAAAUAUAUUUAAGUAUAUUUUAACACUUAUGUCUUGAAAAUAAGGACCAUUUUGUAAUGAGGGUUGUCUCAUACUUAAGGAAGUAGCGCACUCCACCUGAUUAUGUGUAUUUGAGUUAAUAUAUAUAUAUAUAUAUAUAUAUAUAUAUAUAUAUAUAUAUUUAUAUUUAACUGAAAUUUUCAUUGAGGCAAAUUAAACUCAAGUUAGUGGCCGAUCACUGCCCUUGAUACUCUUGACAGUUUUGGUAAUUCUGCAUUGAGCUGUUUUAUUUAGUUGUUUGUUUCUCAUUGUUUUUCCCCAUGGGGUCAGUUUGUGGAUAUUUGAAUACAUACCCACAUAUAUCUGCUGAUAAUUCGACUCUUUGCGAGUUUUCUUCCCCAACUCUCACCCUGCAAAUGUCAACAUCCAUACUGACAUGCUCUGAAAGGCAGCAAUUACUCUGUCUUUGCUUGGUUUAAAGCAAGUGCACCAAACUACAAGUAUGACAGCACUAUCACUCAAUUUUGAUCAAAGGUGUACAAGUAAAUUUACAUGCCAUUGAACGACAGUAUCACCAAGUGUAAAAUCAAAAAAUGCUGAGUAACAAAAAGGUUAUAUGGUCACAAUAUUAAGCACCAGUUAAUAAUUUCUAAGAUAUUUGAUAAGCCGUAGUCCACAUUUUGCCACUCUCGGCUGUUGUCAGAUUGUGUACUUCUAAAGAAAUAAAUAAAGGCCUCAAUACCCCAAUCUCCCUCUCAGGACUUGAAACAUGGGAUUUAUUGGACGGGCCAUUGAAUUCAGCCAGGAGCCUCCUAGAGGCCUCUGGAAGGGAACAGGAGCACAUUAAAAGUGCUGAUGAAUCCAAUCAGCCUGUUCGCAGGCAUCCAACAUAGAUAUGCCGGUGCACUAAGCAGCGCUACUCAAGGGCUUAAUUAGAAGGAUGCUUGUGUAUUGUUUGUUUUCAGGCAUUAGUAAAGUCUGUGUGUCCUGAUAAUGGAAUUGGCUGGGAAAUGGAAUCGUUUGGCCCUGCCUUCAUGCUGCUAGGCCUGAUACUGCUUGUCAACACCAUUGUUUCCUCACCCUCCUGUGGAGCCCCUAUCGAUGUCAGUGAAGGGAGACAGCUCAGCAGCAGCCAGCCAACUCCUCAGCCGGAGCACCCGGGCUCGCCUGUCAGUUAACAAGGCCCUCUACUCUGGAGGAAGGGCCUUUCGCAUGAGAAUCUUCCUCCUCUAAUUAGCAGCUACAGUCUUACACCUCCAAUCAUCACAUCAUUACAUGUAUGCAAACAGUUUUCUCCCUUUCUUUUUAUACCUCUACAUCCUGAACUUUAAUUUAGUGUGUGAACAGCUUCUGAACACAGCAGGUAUUUUGACCAGAGUGUGAAAUUAAGGUGUGGAAGUGAUAAUUGAGUAUGGAGAUUCAUACAGACAGCAGAGUGGAUAGAUAUGCUUCUGGUCAAUUAUUUUAGGGCGAAUAUAUAUUAAAUAUGCUUAUUCUAAUAGUGAGCAGAUGUGUGAUGAUUUUUAACUUUAAAUCUUUUUAGUAAUUUAAACCAAAGUCUUCAAUAUCGUUUUUCUUUUUUUUUUUUUCUUAGUAAUUUUUGGGCGGUUUUAGCCUUUAUUGACAGGACAGGGUGAAAUAUGGGGCGCACUAACCCACUUGGCCCAUCUGUGCACCCCUCAAUAUCUGUUUUUUGAUUAAUUUUGACAUUAAUCUUGUUGCAAAGCACAAAAAAAUGAUUUUGCAUCAUCAAAAUAAUAUUUGAGGCAGUAAACGAAAUAAUUGAAAUGACUUUAAAACUUUUAGUCAUAAAGGAUCGAGUGCACCAGCUGGCGGUAAACUUCUUCACUCUCCAAUCAAAGCAUCUGCAGAAGGUACGAAGAACACAAACCAAAAGUAAAACGUGCAACAGAAACUUGAAGAGGUCGUCGGCCAAAACCACGUUUGUAGAGGAACGUAGGAUUCUGUAGGAUUCUCGUAUUUCCACAGACAUCCCUUUUUUUUCCAUGAAGCCCAUGUCUGAUCACCACCUACAGGAAAAGAGACAGCACAUCAAUAAGACAUACAUACAGGCGUUCACGUUGUGUUACAGGCUGAACGUCCAUUGCGAAUGAAAAUGAUCUCCCCCGACAUGUAGUUAGAGUGAAGCCCAAACGACUAAACUGAACUGAACAGAGAAUAUUUCUGAUUAAUUAUGUCCGUAUAUCAGUUUGGAGUGCAAUUGGUUUAAAACCAGUCAGGCAGCAAAAAGCACACACACACUUAGAUAGUACUGAUGUUGCUGGUAGGCAAACAUCCUGACAUGCCAUCUUUGAAAGUCUCAGCAUGUCCUGUAAAAAGUUGUCAACCUCCACGUCUGUUUUCUUGAUUGGCUUGUGUAUUUCUCCCUAAAAUAGAGUGACUCCUUGCUGAGUGUCUCUGCUGGGCUACUCAAACACAGACUCAGACUCUCUUCCUGGUAGAAAACUGAACACAAACCCACAUGUUUGAGUAAGUUCUCAAUAAUCAUCUACUCGAUAUCUGAACAGCUGUUCCUCUCCCUUGCAUCAAUCAUGAUAUAUUUGUAUCCCAUGAUGGUUUUUUAGUGAUAUUGUAAGAUAUGUUUGAGGGCUCUUUCAACACAAUCAUUCACUGUCACGGCUAUGGCAGCUCAUGGCAGGGUAGUUAGAAAGUCAACCAGCCAAACCCGGCGGCUUGAUAGGAGAAUAAGCAAUGUCUGGGAAUUCUUUCAAUGGGCGAGGCAGGAAUUCAAUCAGUCAGACCGUGGGGGCUAGGAAACUGGGCAUCCGACACAGUUAUGCUUCAGCACUUUUCAAUUUGAGCUUGGUCUGCGCCAGCCUCCGGCCUGUAGCGUAUCAUUAAUGAAAGUCACAUUAGGUAUCCCUGUCAUCCUUAGUCAUCCUGUUCAACCAGGAGAAGGUUUCAUGGCUCUAUAUGGUCAUAACUUCACGCAGUAAAGCUGUCCGUCACUCCACCUCUCACCUCUGCUUGCUUGUAACUUCUGCUCCCUCUAAGGGGUUAUGUGCUCUAGCUGUUGAAGAGAUCCAAACUCUGAUCUGCUUAUGCAACCUCAUAAAACUCAGAGGAUGCUGGGAAAUAUUUCCCCUUAUUAUCUGUGUCUUUUGAAUUAGUUGAUUAAUUUAUCUAAAUUGAAAAUAAACUUCUGGCUUUUUCUUCUUCCUCUAUGACCCGGCUUGUUCGCUCUUACGGUCUUUAAUGAUUCAUGAUGUUUGUGUGUCUCUUUGUUGCUCAAGCGCUUUCCUUUAGAGGUCAUGGAUUCCUUCAUUUAUGCAGGGAAGACUGGAUGGAUGUGUUGGAUUUCCUCCUGCUAUGACCUAAGGCUUUACCAAAGGUCCUAACACAGUUGCAUCUCUGAGACCUUUACUCCUCGAGGAGCUCCAUACUGUGAGGCCGGCUCAUGUUGCCAACUUGUGAGGUUUCGUGACUCCUACGAAUGGCCCUUUUUCGCAGAGGAAAAAAACGUAGAUGUGUCUCUGAUGUGGAAGUUAAGCUCUCUGCCCCCGCUGUGAAGAUUUAGAUGAUUUGGACACAUCAGGUCAAAUUCCUGAGCAGAAAGCACACACUGCAUUUUUUCGAAGCUGUUUCUGACAUGUGUCUAAACUCCCUCGUCAAAACGCCGAUGCUGACCUGUCAAAGCAGUCACUCCAAAAUAACAAAAUUAAGUCAGCUCACCAACACUGUCAGAGAAGAAGCUCUGCAAAGACUAAACUGUGUGAUGGUUUAUGACAGUGUGUGACAGUGUGUAGCUCUCUGUAUCCCUGCAACAUGUUCCCAUCCCUUUUUUUGUCUGUGUAUUCUCUCAGUGCCUCUUUGUUUCCUGUCAGUCUCUUUUGGCACUUUUGACAGAUUAACACUUCCACAACAGGAGUCCUGGAUUUGGAUCUCGCUUCAGGGGGUCCUUGUUUCUCCUCAACUCUUCACUUGACUUUGUUGUCUAUAUCAUGUCACCUCUUUUAGCCCGUGGCUCUGUUUCCAUACCCAAGCUGUCAAACGAAAUCUCACUCAUUUUUCUGCCUGAGAGACGGGAUAUUCAAAAAGUGAAAGAAGGUCUGAGAGAGCACACUGGUCUGAUUUUGGAUCACAAAGCAAAAAAAAACAUGAAACUCAGAUGGAUUUCGCAUUUAUUUUUACUUGCUGCACACACGUGCACACAUUUGCACAUGGCUGCUUCUUAAUAUCCCUGUUAUGUACAUGGCGUAUGUGUGCUAUGAGUAAUUAUAUUCAGCCUGGUUGGAUUCUGCCCUUCUCUCGGCCAGCUGAAGCAGCUAUAUAAAACAGGGUGUGGAACAUGUGGAAACUGUGAUCCUCCAUCUGCAGUUGCUUGUACGGCCUUUCCAAGCCCCCGGAGGACUCGUGCUGCAGUAGGACGUUUUGUGUUGUGGAUUGCAGUGAAAUAGAUCUCACCACCAAAGAGUAUAUGACCACCACACAUAAACCAAAACCUCAAAUGAUAGUUUCAUUAAGGCACAUGAGCUUAAAGACGACUUGUGGUGUGGAUUCGGAAGCUAUUACUGUUUUUUAUUUAUUUAUUUUUAAUUUCUUUUAAGGGGAUUACAGAGAUUGAUGGCUCAGACAGGCAUAAAUCAUGAAUUUCCUGGAGCUGACUCAGUGUUCCUGGGUGUACCCUCCCUGCUGUUCUCUGAUUUAUGGUUAGUUUGGCCGUUUGCUGGAUGUUGGUGAACACUACAGAGUGUACCAAAUCAUUUGGCCCCUGAGAAAUGACGACAGGAGCAGAAAGUGAUAUUCAUUAGUUUACACAUCGUUCUUUCCCACACUGUUAAUGAAAUGUUGUCAUUUUAAACUACCUGCCAACACUAGCAUGAAAAUAUACUAUAUUCUACAGGGAAAUUAACUUAAGACUUAAAUCCACAUUUCUAAAUAGUGCUGUUUCAGCGAUUCAUUGGCAAUGUAUCAUGAUGGAUAUUUUCUUCACUUGUAACAUUCAUGGUGGCUCGAAUAACUUUAGCUAGGUGUUAAACAAAAACAUGAAAUUAAGUACUCAAUCACAAAUGACCCUCGAUUUAUCCGAAGAGAAUAGAGAAAGUAAAUUUGUACCCUUCUUACUGUAGAUUGUUGGCUAAUAAAUUGUUGCAAAAUAAGCUUUCAACCACUUUUUUUUUUUUUAAGUAUUUUGUGGGCGUUUAUUACCUUUAUUGAUAGGAUAGUGUGGAAACGUGGGGAGAUAGAGGGUUGAGUUAGAGAGGGGGAAGGACAUUAAGCACACGGUCAGGGCUGGACUCGAGCCCGCAACCGCUGCAGGGUCCCCAUACGUGGGGCGCGCUAACUCGCUUGAAGCUUUCGACCACUUUUUAGCAACAUUUGGCUACUGUUGGGAUGCAAGGAUUGAUCUUAUUUAGGCCAACGUUUUUAUCUCAUUGAUAAGAACUUUAUUGAUCCCCGAAGAGAAAUUCAAUGAGUGAAGUGUUGUUUCAGAGGUGUCUCACUGCUAACAAUAUCUGUUCAAUUUUAGACAAUCGCAAAGUUAAUUCAACCGUUUCUUACAUGUAAAUUUACCCCUAAAGAAAUAUAUUUGAUUCUAAUUAUAUUGUGUAAUGUAAGCUGAGCGGUUAAUGCGAGGUUAGUCUGCCACAAAAAAAAUAAUAUAAAAAAAUAAAAUUAGAAAAUUUAUAAAAUCAUUUAAACAACUUUUGGCAAAAGUAAUUCCAGGGAUUAAACAAACUCAGACUGAAUUCUCAAACUGCUUUCAGCCAGGAAUUGAUUUAAUGUUAAUAACAGCUGAGGUCUAAAACUUGACUAUCCAUUACGCUUUUACUCUCUAUAUGAAUAUGGUACAUCAGACUUCAAGCCUCUCUAGCUGUGUUAUCCUCUCUAAUUUAUGCUGUUUCACAGAGUUCAUGUUCUCAUCUGGUUGCUGCAUAAGACAAAAAGCCCCGGUCAAGGUUUGGAGGUCUAUCGCUAACUCAACAAGUAACAAACACUCAGUCUGAACUCCAUCACUACAGGGCAGGCACAUGAGUGCUUGCACUUCAUUACCUUUAUUAAUUAGCGAAUGCAAACAAGUUCAAGUACCCCAGCUACCUCCUCAGUUUAGGUCUUACAUAACUGUUAGUGUUUGUAGAGAUAAAUGUAAGAGAAAGGCACCAAAGACCCUCAGGAUUUGGCUGAUUUUACUCCGAAGAUCUAGUUUUUUUUCUUCAUGUGAUCGUGUUUUCAUGCGGCACAAUACUAACAAAUGUCUAUUCUUGUGGCUGUGGUGGCUGACAGGAGGAAAAACAAGUUUGUCCCUUACAGACCAAUAGAGCAGUCCAAAGUAAAUAAAAAAACGGAAGCUGCACAUUAUCUGACAGGUUGUGGUGCGUUGGUAUCACAGUCCAGUCCUUUCAAAACAGUGACAGUAUAGCUGUCUGGCUCUCUCAGGAGGUUAAGAGCCACUGUUCUGACAUGUCCCUGUGUCAGCGGUCUAGUGAGGAGCUGGAAUGUCUUCAUGACUCUACAUGCGUCCCCUGUUCUGCUCCACUGGGGUGCAGAGUGGCGGGAUCACUUUUUCUCCCCCCCCUCAGCACGGUCCCUUUGCCUUGUCUUUCAUAUGGUGGCAAAAUGAGAUAGAGAGAUAGUGAAAUAGGAGACAGAGCAUGCAAUCUGAUGCAUUGUGUCCUCUCUAAGGGUUUUCAUUGCCAUGAUUCAAAAAGAGAAGCUGAUGUUCACACUAUUCAUUUAAAAAUGACCAUAAAAAAGGAGUGUAAACACUUCACUAAAGUGGUGCUUCAAAUUCAGGAAAAUACAAAUUCACACAAUAGCCAUUCAUUGCUCGUAAAUUUCUACCCAACAAAGUGUUCAAAGGAAAAAAAAAACAGCCUUUUCAUGUCACUCCCAAACAUUUGAUAGAGAUGUGUCUCGAGUAUUUUUUGCGCUUGGGUCUCACGGCCGCUUAAUCUCCUCUCACCCAAGGCUGAAAACACAAGAGAAAGAAGGUGUUCGCAUGUGCCCCCUAGAAGUGGUUUCACUUUGUGGAGGCUGAGGACAAACUUACCCUCUCCUUAUACAAAUAGAAAAGGCUGAUCAUUAAUGCGGAUGCAGGAAAAAAGCUGCAGCGGAUAAUUUUCUGUCUUUCUUUUUCACCGGAAAUCGAAACAAAGCCCAAGAUUUUAAUAAAUAUCUGUGUUUGUUGUGGCUCCUCACAGCAGUACAUCUUCAGCAUUUCAACAAGUCAUAUUGCAGGAGGCGGCCUCAUAUGGGAAACACACACACAAAAUUGUGUUCUCAUCUCCAAACUAUACAGUUUUCAUCUGAGCGGCAGGAGUAGACUUUAUUGAAUUUAAAGAAAAAUGAUAACAUCAUAUGGAGACAGUGUGCGGAGAAAAUAGACUUUUAUCAAGAAGUGUUGUUAUUGGAGUACUGCAGUGUUCUCUGACUUUGUUGCAACUUAGUUUGUUUUCACUUGCUCUUGUCUUAAUUCUUCAUUUCCAGCCUCCACUGGGACCUGACAGAGAGAACAAAACAAAAACCAGAUUUUAAAAACUAUGAGGAGAAAUGAGCAACAGUGUGGGGGGACAACAAAGUUUUUCUGUGCAUCUUUGAUCCAUUCGUAUCGAACCUGUGUUUCUCUGCUAGUGUUUUCAGUUUAAAAGUGAAUUAAAUGAUAAAAAUCUAACUACAUACAUAAGCUGAAAGACGUUUCCCCCUUUUUUUUUGCUUUGCUGAUACACGGCGUGUUCAGUGAUGCCUGCCAGAUGUUCACAUUUGAAGGUGGUAUCAAGUUUCUUCUAGGUGAAAAGGGGGUACGAGCCCAGAAAUAGCAGCAGCAGCAACAGUAGGCAGCUGGAGUUCACGUCAUCCUGAGAGAUGCCGCACUAACCGAGGCCCAUCUGGAGGAAUGAGAGAGCCAAGGACACUGCAGAAGAAGAGAGGGGGGAGAGAGGAAGAGAAGAGCAAGACCUUUCUCAUUAGCUUUGUCAUUGGAAGUUUGGACAUGCAAAGACAGUUUGAUAUUCCUUCAGAUUUUUUAGUUUUAUUUUGAAAGACGUUGCACCGAGACGACUCCUCCAGUCAGACAAAAGCUUCUCCACUUCGAGUUUUCUCACUGGGACAGACUCAUCAAUGACAGUAACGCAGCCGAACAUAAAUGUAGCCCGUCAUGCCGCGAGCUAUGCUGAGGAGAGAUCUGUAGAUUAAAUGGCACCACUACUCACCUUACUGUCACUUCACAUAGCUGACAUGGUGGGAUUUUUGUAGAAAGAGCUCGGGGAAAUGAUGUGAAAUCUACACCAGGGAGACACAUGAUAUAUAAGGUUACUGUGUUUUUUAUGACUCAGAAUCUGAAUGUAGUAAAAGAAUCAAAUCCUCUAUAAAUUUCAUGGUCCUGCAAUUUUGCUCAGAGGACACAGUCCCCAGAGGAUGAAUCCCACUGACUAGGGUUAUCCGUUCACUUUUAUUUUCAGUUCCAGUUUGUGAUUCAUAUGUGCAGGUUUGUUGUUGCAAGAAUUGUUCUAAAUUGAUAUGAAAUUUUAAACAUUUUUGAUAUUAAAUUUCAGCUUUUUUUAGAAUUAAACUCAAAACACAAAGACAGGUUUUGCGCUGCCUUACAAAAGCCUUUCCUUGACACUUUCCUGUGGAUUUAUUUUCCAGUGUACUCCAUAUUUAUUCAUGUGCAACUCCCAGUCUACCAAUCUGUAGGCUCUGUGCAAAACGCAGGUUUUCCUUUGCAUUUGCAUGCCACCUCACUUUCUGACUUAGUUCAAAUGGCAUUGUUGUAAGUUAAAGAUACCAGGAUGCUAGCUGAAUGGUUGCAACCAUUUCAGUUGUUAUUAUUGCAACUGUUGUACCAUGGUAUGUUUGAAAAGUUCAAAUUUAUUCUAGCAAGAAAUGGGGUUUAAAACCUUGUUCUAUUGGGGACUUGGUACUAAAGUUGCUCUUGAGAAUGGCUGAUGUACUAAGAGGUCCAAGAUCUUGAUUUAUUUUAUCAAAGUAAAAGAUAAAGAAGAGGCAAAAUGCAAUAUUGUUCCAAAAUCAUUUCUAAUAGAGAGAAACCAAGCGACAACUUCCAGCCAGAAGUGCUAAAAACUGCAGUUCCCCAGAGUGCCACAUGAGGCUGUAACUGAUUUACGAGGACAUUAAAGGCCUGUCUCUCUGGUUGGUCAAACGUUUGGUUGAAACAGUAUUACCAAUAUGGCGUCCGCUACUGACUGGCUUUGAAACGCUGCUUCAGAAACAGAUGAGUAACGUCACGGACGCUACACCCAGUUAUUAUACAGUCUACAGGUGAAACACAACCUCCACUGCCAAGUACAGCAUUAAAUCAAAUGGAAUUGCAAUACCUCCAAGUGUCUUUAGGUAAAAAAAAAGAAACUGUCAGCUCUGGCUGCUAAGUUCAACUUCCUAUUCAUUGUUUGUGAAGAAAUGUUGCUAUAGGGCCAACAUUUCUGACAUGGCAUCAAAUAAUUAGACUCAGAAAAUGUGCCUUCUGGGCCUCAGUCUCCUCUAGAAAAGGGAGAGUCCAAAGUCAUGACAAAUUCAUAUUGAAACUUACAACAUUAGCUUGAAUAGCUGAGACACUAAUGUUUUAUUUUGCCAAAGUGUAUUGGUUGCUCUGAAGAGGUUGCUUGGUAAUGCUAUUUUGCUGAGGCCAAAAGAAUGUAAGAGUGGGCAUUAGUAUCAGUCAAUCUAAUCACAUAAUUAAUCGGAGGAAAAAGUAAACUCCUGCAAAAGUAUUGUAAAUGUUUGAAAUGGAUUUAGUUUCCUGGUUGGAGACCUGUAUGUUUUGCCCCCUUAUAUCAUAUCCUAUCCUGUUGCUACAGACCACCACUCACUUAGUGACCAUUUGUGGCUAUUUCUACAUUGUGUAGGUGUUGUUUUAAUGGCGCAUAGCUCUGAACAACGCUGAGGAUUUAGUGUGCUGGACUCAGGACCCUAAGGCAAUCAGACACAUCCAUCACCCCUACAGUUUACGGAGUAAUGGAAGGAAAGAGAAAAAGAGAGAAAUGUACAAAGACAUGCAGAGAAAGAGAGAGACAAAGAGAGGCAACGAUAGAGCAAGGGGAACAGACAAAGUGACAGAGCCAGAGAGGUGGGUGUAUAAAAAGCAUACAUAAGAAGAGGACUAAAAUGUCAGUGUGAAAGCAUUUGUCUGGAGGUGGGAACCACUCAGACACAGCUCAGCUGCCCCAGUGGGUAAACAGCUGUAAUCAUAGUUUAGCAGCAGACGUUAACAGCAUGACUUUAUACUGCUAUUAAAAGGUUGAAGUACUGCACAUUACAUCCUAGAUGCCUGCGAUUCAAAAACCUAUCCUGUGUUCUCAGUGGUUAGAUUUAGUGUUUUUUACACUUGUCUUUUUAUACAUUUGUCUGAAACCAAAGUGCUAGAGUGUGCUGUUAUGCAGAUGACACCCCAUUUCCCAUCUACCUUCAGAUGCCUUUAUUUAUAGCUCUGAAACUGUUUAUUGUUACUCUUCUCUCAAGUUCUUUUUUCCAUUUACUGUGUGAUACUUUUGGUAAAACUUGAAAAGAUGACUCGGGGUUAUAUUGAGAACUUGUCACUUGUAGGUGUAUAACUCACAUUGAAUGCUAAUUGGCUGUUGGAAAACAAGGCUAUCAGCAACAACAGAUGAGGUCAACUGAUCUACAAACUCUAGCUAGUUUUAUUAAAAGCAAAACAACACUCACAAGUCUCAUCCUAGGGUUACAGUUAGGAUUAUCCUAGUCUCAUCCUAGGAUAGUACAAAAACCAAUGGGCUUUCUGGCUGCAAAAAGCUGAAACUGUGCACUCACACCGUUUUAGUUGUAGUUUUUUAAAAUGAGUUAUUCUAUGUGGUAGUUGACCCCAUCUGCAGCAGCUAAUAGCCCAGCUUCCGCUCCUGUUUUCCACAUGGUUUCUCAAUUAAAGGGCCGAGCCAAUCAGCAGUCCCUGUGGGUAACGCACAUGCUUUUGAUUUAUUCCAUUUAAUGAAGAGAAAAGAAUACUUUUGGAGGCGAAGUAAAAGAGUAUAAUCCAUAAUAACUCCUGAGAGUAAGUAUGCUUGGAUUCACUGAGGUGAAAGACUUAUUGAUUAAAAAGGCCUGCAGUCUUAUAUACGAGAAUAUUGAAAAUGAUUUGAUUCUGGCUAAAACACAGUCCCAGGUUUGUUCUAUCUGGGAAGUUUCAAAAAGACUCAAUUUCCUUAUUUUGUACAGCCAAAACAGUCUGAAACCCCUAAUGGUAUUAAAUUUUUAAGAUGUUGUAAAGCAGAGAAAGUCAGCACAUUUUCACAUCUGGAAAGCUCGAAGCAGCAACUGACAAAUGACUCAGAGGAAGAAAUCAAUUAUCAACGUGAUUCAUUUUUGGUGAACUUAUUCAUUGGUGAAUAAUAUUCGGUAUGGAGUUUCAUUCCAUUUUUUAUCCCAUCCGACCUCAAAGUACCCCUGUGUAAAUGGUUGUGGCCCCCUUCCACUGAACGGGCGGAUGCUGCUGCUGCUUCUUCUUAGUCCAAGCAGAGUCAAAAAGGGAUUCGACUGUUCUUUUGUAGGUGUUAUCAAAAUCGUACCACUUCAACAUGGUUACUUUGUCUGUUAGUCCCAUCACCCCCCAUGUCUUUCCAUUUUGCGUCUCAAGGGAUGUCUAGAUGCAAAUUUGAGGCUCCACAUCCGCUUCACAGCAGCGGCCCCCGGCCUCAUGGUUCACCAGAGCAUAAACACGUGUCAGGCCAAGGAAAAUAUUUGGAGAGAUGAAGAACAGACAAAGAAAGUUGUGAGGUUUACCGAGCUCCAAGUGUGGAAGGAUUGUAUUGUUGUACACCAGAGAUUCUCAUAUGCCAGAGACCUGCACUGAUAUCUUUCUCCUCCUCCUUUUCACCUCUUUGUUUCCCUGUUUGCCCUCUUUUCACCUCUGCUUCCCUUCCUUCCACACCUUGAAGGACUCAGUAUUUGGUAUGAAAUUGGGCAAGUUAAAGGAGUAAAUGCUGUCCCUCUGAGCCCCUGUGUGACCUGAGGACGGGCACUUAAAAUCUCUGGAGACCAGUGAAGAAAAUCCAAACAGGUAGAGUGACAAAAAGUUUAGUCUGAGCUCAAGUCGACAGAGAUUUCACAGUCAAGGUAAGGUCAGCGCAGAAAUCUUAACAGUACACACCACACUCAAAACUUGGCACAUUUGACCCAAGUACAGUGCUGUAGCGCUUGUAUGAGUGGCUGUCAGCCACCCCCUGUGUAAUGUCACCGUCUGACCCAGUUGCCUUGGUUACUACCUACCCUUUGGAGACUUUCAUCUUCAAUGGCAGAAGUGUUUCUUAAGAGCACCGUCUGAAGAAGUGCAGAGUUAAAAGAGAUGGAUUCGUGUUGUUGGCCUUGCCACCGAGCAUGGACACAUUGUGGACACAUGGUGGAGGUGACUUCCAGUUCACUCAUCUCUUUUCAUUUGCAGCGGAGAGUGGCUUCAAACUAAGGAUAUGAAUUCUUUUCAGCCAUGACAGAUAACUGAUGAGUGCCUGCUCCUGGUGGCCAACACCAAUAAGAUUACAGGUACUUUUUUAUGUUUCUGUAUUUCAAUUAGAAGUGUGUUAGCCUGCAAAAUCCUUUGUUACUUUACCACAGAGAAAAGUUGGUCAUAAAGUGCAAUAAAUUCAAAGAUUUUGUCAUUAAAUGGGCUGUUUUUGGCAAACUUUUCGCACCUUUAAAAGAGUGCUAUUUAGUUGAUGCUAGUGUUAGCUGCAGGUACUGCUGCUUCAUAUUCCUUUGUAACAUCUUCAUGAAACGACAAGUUGACUUCAGGUGACUUAUACGAUUUGUUGUGAUAAAACUUGAAUACUUUUCCUUUCUUCUGGGAAUCCUCGUGCAAUCCCCAGAAGAUGAUGCAGUUGGAAUUAUCCCCUUCAGAAACAGUGUAAAACUUCCACACAAACCCAUUUAUCAGAAUAAUAAAUAGGAGUAAGUUAUUCUCAUUAUUGGCCAGUAGUGUAUCAGACAGAUGUAUGUUGUGAACCCCUGUCUGACUUUCCACUCUUGCCAAAGUCCACACAUGCCUGCCACUGUGUUGCCUUGGUUACACCUGACCUUAGUUUUUGAUUCUUGGAGAAAGUCUGGUGUAGGUGGAAGGAGAUACCCUUUGGGACUGGGGAUGGCAUUGCCGGUGACCCGCAGAACUCUUCUCACCUCCGUCUGCUGCAUUUGGCCAGAAGUGACAGUAAAAUCCUGCUUCUUUGGCGGCAGGAAAGCCGACUUCUGUGAGGGGAUGAGGUUUGGCAAAGGAGGGCGACUGGUACAGAGGAGGCCAUUUCACGCAACACAGCUUCCAGGAAGUCAGUCAUCAGAGAUGCCAAAGGAAAGCUGUGUCUCUUUCAUAGCUGGCCAAAUGGAGCAACCAGGCGUGGAGGGCCCUCUAGAAGACAAUAUCCCCUAACUAAUGCCAUCUGGGAUGACUUUCCUGGUCCUUAUGCUGGAGCCUCUCACCCUCAAACCAUGCAUUUCAACCUUCAUUUCAAAAACGCUCUGGCACUUGGUUAUUUAGACCAUUUGUCAUGUCUCAGAGACCUCAUUUUUGUUCAUUUGAUGGAUUUUUGAAAAGGCAUAAGCACACUGGAGUUUGUAUUCUGCAUGUGCUGUGUAUGAAACGGGAAUAUGAUGAUGAUACAGGGAGGAAAAACGGCCAUUUUGGCAGCCCUCCAGUCUCUUUGAAAAAAAUAGAGGUCUGAGCCAAGAUAAGACAGUUAGGCCAGCAGGAAAGCAGGACAUUUUGAUUUGGAUCUGUGUUUUGGGAAAUGAACAUUUCUGUCUCACACUAUCCAUGUAUCCAACAACAGCUGGGGGGCACGAUGCCUUCAGGAGGAUCAGAUAAUCACAGUACAGUGUUAUAAGCUGCACAGAGAAAGGAGAAAAAGCACGCAUAAGAGACAAUUGGUCAAAUGGUUCAUGUUCCACUCUGAUAUAAAGGUUUAACUUUAGGAUAAAAUCAGGAAAAAUAACACAAGUAGAAAAAGACAAUCUCUGCUUUAGGCCUCUUUUGAUUCAUCCUCCAAGAAAGUCAAUACGCCAAGCCGAAACGAUAAAACUGUAUGAUUUCACAGAACCAUAAAGACGCUUUGCUGUUAAACUUUCUGUAAUACAAAAGCAAUCUGAUGUCUCGGCAAUAGGGCCACAGUUUGCCUCCCUAACACCUCGCUGAGUGUGUUUUUGUUCUAUUGUGUCAUAGAUUUCAUGGUGGAAAUAUUUCCUGGAAAGCAACGAAUUGUUCUGUGUGAGCGUAUUAUUCCUUAGCGCAAACCUCAUGGGGAGGUUUCAUCAUAGUUACAGGGUCACAAAGUGUUCACGUAGAAAUGACUCUGGUGGAUGGGGGAAUAGUGUCUUUAUUUUUCCACGAGUCAUAAAAAGAGCCGGUGUAAUUUUGUGUACAUCCAUCCUCUGUGGACUCGGUACAGCCUUUACCACAGAAGAAGGUCAUAUUUAAUUUAUUGUAUUUCAAAAUAGCAAUGCAGUUUAAUGUUUAUGCAUUAGUGCUCUUACUUCCAAAAUUUGCCCUUGGACUAAAAGAUCAACCUUUAUCUGACUACAUUAAACUGAGGCUGAACUGUGGAUUAACACCUUCACGUGCUUUGGAGAAAUAAACUGUAAUGUAAAGGUCCAUCCCUUGACACCCUUAACCAUGCAGUGUCACGAGGGAGAGCGUGAAGAGGAACGGAAAUCACUUAACCGCUGAAAAAUGGAGUCGGGAGAUGUGCAAUGCUCUGGUUCAUCUCAGCAUAUUAAUGGAGCCACAACCUCCACUCAGUUUUUCAUAUAGCUGAAGGUGAAGCAUUAUCCCGCCCGGUCUUGCAUGUUCAGUAAUAAUAAAUGGCGAUGAUAACGUUCUGGCUUGCUGAACCAGUUUCAUUUCUCUUCUCUGUUAGCCAAAUAAAUAUAUGAAGAAAAUAAUAUAUGUCCCUUUAUUUGCAGCAUCCAUUAUAAUCUGAGUUCAAAAUGCAUGGGAAGAAAGGGAGAUGUAAACAGGCUAUGUAGAAAGACAAUGUGGGUGUAUGUAUGUAAGGUUUAGGGUUACAGUUCGACUUUCUUCCUGGUUAUUUAAACUGUAAUUCUCACUAUGACUUCUUGUCUGAAUACUGUUAGAAAAUAGUCAAAAUAGAGGAUAAUUUCUUUAAUACUGCUUAACACAGGAUCACCAAUUCUGGGAGGAAACAAUGUGAAAUUAGUUUGUGGGUUGUGGCUAACAUUAGUAGAGCUAGCUCCACCAUCCUGUGGUAGAAGAAGAAGAACUUUAUUAAUCCUCAAAAGGAAAUUCAAUUGUCUGUAGUAUCACAGAUUGAUGCCGAAUGGUUAUAUUUUUGCUUACAGUCUGAAAAAUUCCGUAAUUUGGACUAAUACAGAAGUGGCUAAAAGAGCACCUGUAAUUCCUCUCGCGUCAAGAGCUACAUCAGUCAUCUAAACCCAAUCUGGAUUAAAAACAUCAUGAAUCCUCAGACCAAUGCUUCCUCCAAAAAUAGACUCAGAUGUCCCCAUUUUCCACAGUGUCCUUAAAAUGAUAUAAAAACAAGUUCACAUACACACAAACAAUAUAAUUUGCCAGAGUUUCAGUAAGUCAGAGUAUGUUUCACCUUCUAAUUUCCCCUUCUGGAGAAUUAUAAGCUCUACCAGAUACAUAAAUACAUGCAUGUGCUUACAAACACAGCUGCACAUACAUAGAUAUAUACACACACUUUCACAAAUGUGCCUACAUCUGUUCGCCUGCAUGUAACUAAGUCCCUUCUGGAAAAAGGGGGAAAGAGCCGUGUGUAACUAGAUCCGAUUGGCCCUUAUAUAAAAUGGAGAAAUAUGGGCAGAGUGUAGCUCUCUGACGAGCCGCUGAAAGUCUGUGACAUGAAUCUGAGUCUGGGGACCAAUCAUGCAUUCCAGUCGAAAAAAAUGUCAAGAUCCUGGGAUCUCAGGCUCAUGUUAAAACACAGCCCUGCCUCUGUGAUAUACAGGCUGAAUAUCUUGUCUCUCCUGCAGCAGAGAAGCCUGGCUUUUCAACCUCUUCAUCAUGCUUCUGUUAUCCUAUAUAACUUAUAAGCAUGAAACAUAUUUAAAGAUUAGCCCUCCCCAGAGAUUAGAUCUUUUACAAUAUACCUCUGCUUCUAAAUGCCUCCUCUUUGCUUCAAUAAUCCUCAUUUAUAAGGCCACUGGAGUUUGUUGCAUGGCUGGGGGCCGUACUUAAACUCUAUGAACUGUAGAAUACUUGCAUUAAAGUAGCGGCUGUGGCCGUGCAGCUUAAUGUACCAUACUGUGGGGCUGUUCCUCUCCUUCUGGCUUUAACAGCGGCUGUAUAAUACAGCGAGAAUGUCUCUAUAGCACUCAAUAACUUGCAUCAGUGAGGCAUAGCUCUAAAUGCUGUGAUGUGUUGUUAGAACAAAAUACCCUGCCUACACACAGUUCUCAAAUUUUGACCCUAUGACUAAAUCUGUCAUUUAAGGCCUGAGAGAAAAUAACAACUGGCUGUUUUUGAUGUGUUUGUCAAAAGCAGAAGGAAGAAGAAAAAAAAAAACAAAAAACACAAAGUUGCUGGAUUUUUGCCUGCAUCUGAAGUUUCCAUUUUUGAUACCGUUCAAAACCCGGUGAUUCAAAUUCAGCUCUUCUCAUUCUUGUCUAUUUUUUCCCAGGACUUGCGGUUUCAUAACACCGGUGGGCCUCUCUCAUGCUUCUCUACGAACUCUGUGUUGUAAAUGUAGUUAUGUUGCUUAAGGGGGAAACGGCCUCCUCCUGUUUUAUAUUAGCAUGAGCCCAAACCUGUCGUUAUAUAUUGUACGAAUUAGGCUGAACUUUGGCUUACGUCUUUCGCCUCCGGUUCUUUUCCUGAUAAAGGAUACGAGACUGGCAGCGCUUCUGAGCACAGCUGUGAGUCUAUACCGCUGCCAGCUCACUCUGUCAGGAUCUCCUGUGUGGGAUGACCCCCGACCUCAGUGAAAAUCCAAGAGAGGCCGAAGGGGGACUCUUAAUGCUCACUUGAGAUGUACAGCUGUGAUCCGUUCAAGGGGGUUUGUCUUUGUGCUGCACAGUAUUCGCAAAUGUAAAAUAAAUCAUGGCAAGCGGUCUUUGGAUUACAUCAUAGUUUAAGUCGCCUUUUUCUCACAGAGGGGCUGAAAUCUAAAUCAGAAAGAUGAGAAUAGCCAAAGUAAUUUAAUAAAGUCUGUUUAUGAGUUAAUUAAUUAUUCUCUGCUCUCUUAUUUAAACAGGUUUGAGACUCCCUGUGCAACCCAUGACAGAUCCCAUUAUUGAAUCUUCUGUAAUUGAUUUUCCUACAGCGUUAUGUUUGUUGUAAGAGAGUAACUUUUGAGAGCCAGUGUUUGUGCCUUAAAAUAGCUUGUGUUGGCCGACCACCAGUACAGAGUUUAAAUUUAACACCAAACAGUCAAAAGGAGAGAGCGCUCACAUCUGAAAAAUGUUUGACAUUUCUGUGUUGAAAAUAGUUUUAAAUGAUACUGCUCAUCCAGAGGACUGAGGCUGAUUUCAGCCCUCAUUGGGCCAAGAGGCAGGGAACACAUAGAGAGACAUAUGCUUUAAAUGAUCCAAUUAGAAGGGGAUAAUGUAUUGUGGACUGAAAACACGCUCGCCUGAGGGUCUUAUCUCACGCUAGAGGGAUUCCAGUUCGCAUAACCACCCAUUUAUUUUUUAUUAUCCUGCUUAUUACCAAGCUGCCAAAUACAGUUAUAAAAAGUUGAUAUGAAAUGUUGAUAUAAAGAUGUUUUUACUGAGUGAAAUUGAGUAUUUCUACAACAAAGUAAAACAGACACAUAAACCAGCAUUGAAGGUAGCAUCAGACAGGGUGAACAGGACGUUUACUGAACUACUACUGUCGACAUUUCAGCUCUCCUUACUCAGAGUAUGCACAACACACAACUCUCAAAUGUAACAGGUACACAUAACUUUAAACCCUGUAACUGCUUUCACGAUCUUUAACUGUUUAACUUUGUAGCUAUCUGUAGCUAGCUUAUAGAUACUCUACAGCUUUUUUUUGCCAUUGCCUGGAUUGCAGGACAGGAUCUAACACUUUCCCUCUCAGAGAUGGCCGAGGCGGCCCUGUAGCUCCUGGGGCUGCUUUCUCAUUUCUGUCAGUAAUUUGCAACUCCCCAGACCAGCCUGAAAGUAACAUUUUUGCCACAAUUUAGACAGAAACAAUUUUUUUUUUGCUACAGUGUCAACAUGGGAGAGGUGAAAUACUCGAGGUCUUUCAGGAUUGAUUUGAUAUCAUAUGUAAACGGGUUGUCCCUGGGGUUUUGACCAAUCAGAAUCGAGUAUUUAACAUGGAAGGGCACAAAAAGUUUUGUUUAUCUGUUGAUGAAGGCAUUUAAAAAACUGCUCUAUGUUUAAAUUUAUUAAAGCAACAUCAGAAAUCUUAUAAUUUCACACAUUUGAUUUUAUUUGAUGCUUAAAACAAUUACUGAAUUACAUGUAGAAAAAGUAAAUUCAAUCAUUUUUAAGGUUGGCUUCAUUUCAUAUUUCAAAUAUGUACUGUUUAGACCUGAUUGGUGCCAAUAUGUCAACAAAAUAUGUUUUUGAAGCUGGGGAGCCACGAGUGUUUUAAGAUUUUCUGCGAAUAAAAAUACCUGAAUAAAUCCGAUGCCGCAAGUUAUGCGUUUUUUGGACAUAAACAGGUCAGAAGUGACAUUGUUGACCAGCUUGCAAAUACUCCAGCAUGUGCCCUAUAGGUCUUGUUAAGAUGCCAUGGAUUGGCAUGUGUGUCCUGUUUUUUUCCUCUGUGCUCCAGUAGCCAUGACAGCCCAGGUAACCCAUCUCCGAGCAGCAUAAUCCAGCCUGUCAGCAGCUUCAGCCCUGUGUUUCCUGGACCCUGUUGAUACCCAAUACAUAAUGCCACUCUGGGAGGAACCAUUGCCAACCUGUAAUCCGAGCAUCUUAUCAAACCAAUCAGCUUUUUUUUUUUUCCAGCCUGAAUGCAUCUCGACUGUGACAGAGGAGGGGGGUUUCACAACAUCUGGUGCUUGAAGUGAUCGCAAAAAAAACGGAGGGAGGGAAAAAGAAAAGUGUGAGAACAAUCUUGAUGCUCUGGUAUGGAGAUUUCAGUUCAACUGCACGUUCUGCUUUUGCUUUUGAUACAGGUCGCUGAGCGGGCAGCCAGUUGUCAGUGCUUGCCUGCUCCAGAUUUUAGCCUGAUUGCGGUUAUGAUAGUGAUAUUCUCGACAGGAACAUUUGUCAUGUACUCCCCUCACAUUUGCUCUUUUCUUCUGUCUGUUUCACUCCAACCCCCCCACUCCCCCAUUCCCUGUUUCCCCCCUCAGCCCACUUCAGCAGUAAGAGGUUACCACAGCAGUAAGUCCGCCUCCAUGAACCCAAGUGUUGGCUCCAGUUGGACCAGUGGUGGCAGUGGUGGUCAAGGGACAAGAAGCAGCUCCUCUUACACCCGUGCAAGUCUGCAGCAUUACCUUUCCCACCAUCAGCAACACCCCCAUCAUCACCCCCAGUCCGCGCACACAGGCUACACCUACUGCCCUGCCCAUACAGCUGUGAGUACGGCUUAUGUCUUUCUUCUCUGUCUCUCUGGUGUCCAUUAGUGAGGCCACUCUAUCUGCUCUUUUUAAUCUCCCCCUCUUUCCCAAACUCAAUCCUCUCAAGCCCCCAUCGUGUAUAUCACUUUCUCUCGGUCCUUCCUCAGCGCUAUCCCUUCUUUUGCUCCCUCUUUUCUCUGCAACUUAAUUUGUUUUUCUUUCAUCCAUCUCCUGCAUCGACAGUGCAUUGAGAGACUAAUUGAGGCAGAGACACUUUUGGACGGCUUCCCUCAUCAUUAUCCUUGGAAUUAAUUGCUGCUCUGCAAUCCGUUUGAUUUGACUUUAUUGGUGCGAUCUGGUUUUCUAAUGUAACGUUGAGGGUGUGACUGGAACUCAGGCGUGAACCAAAUUGAGGUUUUUUAUUAGCGUUACGCUGCUGUCACAGUCACAGAGUUGGAAACAAAGAUUUGGCAGCUUUUGAUUUCUCUGUAUUUCUUCCUCUAAUAAAUAUAUUUACAAGACUUCACACCAAAUCUUUCCCCCAUUCUCUCCUAUUUUCCAUUACAGCAUUCAUAUUCUCUCAUAGCACAGACGCAGCACUUCAAUUCCCAGGUGCCUCCUUUGCUAACAUGUUGAGACUCCCCUUGAGCACUUCCACGCACAGAGUGAAAGAAAUGGAUUGGAUUUGGAUGUGAUAAUCAUCACUGUAGGUUGGCCCCUUUUUGCACACAGCAUUACUUUUACGUUGUUCUUGCAAGCUCAAAGUGCACAUUUAUGCAGAAGUGGCCUCUUAGCAGGGUUGAAGUUAUCAUUGCGCAUGCAGCGUUUGCAUUGUUUCCACUUAUUCUGCAAAAUUGUCACUUUCACCCCUGUCAUUGUUCCCGCCACCAACAUCUUAAAAGUUAGUGCGCACAACAACAUUCCUCAACACAGACACAAACACUCUGGCUCUAGCUGUGGUGCGUGUCUGUCACAUGUUUUUCAAGAACAUCAUGAUCCUUUUUGUUUUUUAUUGCCACACCCCUGGGCAAGCACAGUCACCGCCAUUAAGACCCAAAAACAGGACACAAAUGUGUGUGAAUGCUUUUGACUUCACUGGUAGUUUUAUCUCCCUCCGACUGAGAAUAGUCUUUUUUUGUUUUUGUUUUCCCAGACAAAUCUCUGUGGUUUUCUCACCAGACAUACAGCACAGUAGCUGUAGCACUGAAAUCUAAUGUAUUUUUGUAACAGCUGUAAAGUAAAUAAUGACUUGUUGUUGUUUUAGAUAAAGUUUUGACAGUUGGUUUUAGUCUGCUGCUGCAAUUGGAUGGCAGUGUAUUCAUAGGAACAUGUUAACAGCUAAACUCUAAGAGUUGUCAUUGCAUCUUCUACUGUUGUUGUUGUAACAUGUCAAAACCUUCUCUGGCAACCAUCCUUGUUACAAAGUCGUACCUAUUAACCUACUCUUCUUCCUGUGCUCAGUCUGGUUCUUUCUUGUGAGAACUGAAAAGCCCGGACUCAAAUUAUCUACAUACACUUCCAUCAUUUACAUAUUUGGAAAAUGGGUUGACCAAUUAUCAGUUAUUGAUUAUGUGUUUGAGGGUCAUGGGCUGUAUGACGUAAUAUGUUAUCUUGAGUUUAGUCACCUUAUCUAAUUUAAAUGAAGCAUAAACGCAAAAAUGAAUCAAAAAUAGAUUUUUUUUUUUUUUAAUGUAAUGAGAUAUUUGAAAAAGAAGAAAUAAUAAGAAACCAGGAGGUCAUUCGAUAACUGAAAAUAAAGUACACCUUUUGUUGCAAGGACAAUUUUCUUGCAAAAGGGGGAUUCACUACCUCCAUAGCCAAACACCUCAGCAUUGUGCAUCAAAUCAACCCAAGAUACAGUAUUUUUGUCAUUCUCCUCGGCUGUGGUAACAAAGUUUGUUGUUUAGCAAUAGUAAUCCAGUAUUUAUAAGGAUUAAAGCUAGUUAGCCAAUGACAGAUGACAUGAGGUUUACAUGAUGAUCUACACUGAUAACUGCAGAUAUGUAGAAACUCAGAAGAGCUGCAGUUUUGGAGAUGUGAUGACUCUCUUGCGUAGCGUCACAAUUUUGUCAAAGUGGCCCAUAUCCUUUUGAUGAUCCUUGUUGAUCCAAGAUGUUCACUCGCCAUUUGACAAAUCCCAUUAGUUGUAGCAAGAGAAUCAGUAUUGGUCCUGGUUGUGGGUGAUUGGUUAUUAAAAUACUCCAGUUUUAUUUGGAUUGGUAUCAAACUGGUCACCUUGUUGGUAUGCUUCGUAAUAAUGGACAGUGGGUGGAAAGGUUAAAAACUAGAAUAAAUGGGAAUGGGAAAAAGUGCAAAAGUCAAUUUGCAGUGGGUUUCUCCUGAUUUGUGAUGUCGGCACUGCUGUUUUUAAUACCCUUUUUAGUCUAGAACAUCCCAGGAAAUACACAUUGGAUUUAUCACAAUGCCAGAAGACAAGGGUUUGAUUGUGUAAAGGGUUUAUUGAAUGGGUUUGAAACAAACAUCAUAUCCUGGAAACAAUGCAGAAAUUCAUAACAGACACACCUUUGUUUCAUUUUUCCUGUUCUUCUGCUCUUUGUCUUCAUUCUUGUGGGAUUGUGGAUGGGAACAGAUCACUACAGGGUCACUACAGGGUCAUUAAAGCCUUGUCCUCAUAUCGAACCCUUACCUUCAAACCACAGCAGACUCUGCUUGUUUUCAGGGGUCUGUUUUCAUGGGACCGUUCUCUGUAGGAGUUCAUUCUUGCAGAGAGCAAUUUCUUCCCCGCUUUCGCGGCUCCGUCCUGGGCUGUUAGGAGCCAACAGUUUGGCCUCAUUGAGGACUUACAGUGCUUAGAGAUGGCUAAUCCAGACACCAACUGUAAACAAAGGCACGGUUCCAGGGUUUGA